CUUCCCCCCAUCACGCAGCACGGCCGCUUCCAGGUUGGAGGCCAUCAGCGUUCUAUUGCUCGUGCCUGCAGUGGAAUCUGGGCUGGAAAUGAGGGUUGGAUUACAGUGGAGGAGGCAUGACCAGGAACCCUGGGAGAACCAGAGAAGCUCCUGAAUAUUAACGAUCGGCAUUGUGCAAUUGGAGACCGGGCAGCAAGGCUGGAUAAGGGAGAGAGGGGAGAGAUAGGAAGGCUGCAGCAUGGAUCAGAUAAGCUGAGAGUUAAUGAGGAAGGCAGGCAUGCCUUAGCUCUUAGUCUUACUCAGUUGCUCAAUAAUUACCCUUUUCCCUUCCUCCACUGCACCUCCUCUCUCUGCACACUGCACGCACUGUACCCUCUGUGUUCCUGCACUGCAUACACUGUACCUUCUCCUGGUGAGGGGCAGAGGGCUGGCACUAGCUCUGUCCCUGCCUGGUUUAUUUUGGGGCGGCGGGUCCAGGCUCAGAAUACACUGUAGCAUGGGGAGGUGAGAGUGUGUGGAGAGAGACAGCCCGAGACAGACUGCAGCUCGGCAAGGUAAGAACACAGUGUUGCUUUUUCUAUAUAAUGUAUAUACUGGCUAAUGCUUCCGGAAUACCGACUGCUUGUCGGCAUGGCUGUAAUAGAUAUACUGGGCUUUAUGAUCGUGGAUUGUUUUCAUGUAUAAUUUGGCUGUUGGUUUAUUUUUUUAUUAAACAGCAAAUUGGGCACCGGAGUUUAGGGGGGAAAAUGCAGAUUUAAAAGGAAAUAUUAAAGGUUUUUUUGGUAACAUUAUUUCGGCCUACAUUGUGCAAAUUAAGAUUUACAUUGUAUAUUGAAUAUACCUAGCGAAUGUGCACACCAAGAGGAUCACUUUGUGUAUUGGCCUUUAACCCAUAUGUCAUUGCUAUUGGGGUUGGUUGUUGCUUCCAUUCUGCUGAUUUGUUACCGGUUUGCUUAUUGAUUUCUGAUAGACUCACUGGGCCUGUGGGGCUGGCUGCAUUUGUGGGCUCCAGGUUGGACAAUGGGUAAAAUGAUUAGGCAGUCAGAGUUGAGUAUAUCAUCAGCUGUUUGUGUAUUGUGAAAUGUGCAUUACAGUAUAUACUUUGUGCUGGCUUAUUAAGGGAUCGUUGGGUUUUAUUUGCACUUCUGGUUUGGCUCUGUUAUGGGCUGAUAGCAUUAGUUUAUCUGCCUUUAAUUUGUGCUGAAGACUUGGAUAUAUAUGAAGAACAGAUCUCGCCAUGCAUACAUGGCUGCUGUAGUGAAUUUGGUUCCUUGUACGUUUUACUCUAUAAUUGUAUAUAGGUUCUAUAUUUACUCAUACUAUUUGUUACAUUGGGUUUGAUGCUGACUAGAGUAUAUUUGUUUGCUGCAGUUAUGUAUAGGCAACAUACUUGAUGGGGCCAUUGUGGAUCAGUUUUGGUGAAGUUUACAAGUUUGAUUCUGUUGAGUAUAUCUAAUGUGUAGAAAACAACCUUCAGGUUCUGUUGGCUCUGUUGCUAUAGAUAUGGUGACCACAACAAUUUUGUUAAUUAGGCACACUUGUGGAAGGUGCCUUCUAUGAGGAAAUAAUGAUUUUAAUGCAACAUUUACAUAACAUUAUACAUAUCAUGUGAAUGUUUACUCUAGACCUAGAAUAUAAUACAGAAUCAACUGAUAUGUGGCCGUAGGCUCAGCAUAAAUAGUUAAAGUCAGGUGUAAUUUGCCCUAUGUAUUUAUUGGGAGUAAGUUUGAGUUUAGUUAAUGGAUCUGCCAAUGUACUUAACAUGUAAUGCUCAAUGUUGUCUCUUUGCUUUGGCACUACAUGGUUAACAACCUUUAUUUUCUUUUUGUUUGAUUUCCUUAUUUUUAUGUAUUUUAUUUUUUGUGAAUCUGGCGGUGUUAAAAGGCCAUUUCAGAUUAAAUUUAACCUGCUGUUUUAUGCAUUAAAAUAUACAAAACUGUGUGUGUGUGUGUGUGUAUAUAUAUAUAUAUAACUUUUAAAGUUACCUAACUGUGUGCAAAUCCUCUCACAUUACAUCAUCAGACGUGAGCUUUGCCCUUUCCAGGAAUUUUGCUUGGCCAAUCGAGAGUCUCUCAUUUUGGUUGAUGGGGUGUGAACUUGUUGGCAUGCUUAUAUUGUUGAUGAGAGGUACUGUUUAGCAAAAAGCUCUCUGAGCACAGCCUGGUCAUAGCCGUACUUUCUGUCUGUAAUCUCCUGCUAAUGAAAGUUGUUAGCUGAAGUAUAACUCUCUGAUAGCUUUUCUGUGCAUCCUGAUGACAUGUACAAAUCUGUUAUUGGAUACUAAAGGUUUAGGAGGAGUCACAUAAAUUAAUCUGUACGCACUUUACAGGAAUCAGUCAUAAGGAAAUGUUUUCGAACUGGAGAGGUGGGACUUGAGAGGCAGGGUUAAGAUGCAGAAUGCUGCAAAAUGACUUUUACUUUUUAUUUGGGGGGGGGGAGGGGCGGGGAGUAUAGAAAAAAAAUAAAAAAUGCAAAUGUACAACUCAUAUAUUUAGGCCUGUUGUGUUGUCUGGAAUAUACCUUUUAAGGUAACGGAAUUGGCCCAAUGGCUAUACCUUUUUUGUAUAGAUGAGAGAAUCCACUAUGUUCUAGAGAAUUUGGAUAUGUUCAGGUAGUAAAUUUGCUCUCACCUGUGGUCUCUGAAUACGUAUUGACAACAGGCUUUUUUUCACCUAUGUAUAGCUUACUGUUUCGGUCAUAGGCUUUCUUUUGGUGCAGUGUGUAUUUGCAGUGAAAAGAAUACUCCAUACACUUCCGCUUUCUGAAGUGCUUUAUGUGUCUGGAGUCUGUCAGUUUCAUAAUGGUUUAUGAAUACUGUGUGCCAAUUUUCAGCAGGCCCAGAAACACCUUGCUGACUGUCAUAGAGCCAGGAGUGUUUCUUUCGCUUCCAUUAGCUCCACAGAGCUAAGGGAAGUGGAAGGCACACUGUUGGAGUGUACUUGUCUUUCCUGCUUCUCAGUGUAAUGUACUGCAGUUCAUUGAGAAACAUUGCAAAGUUGCGAUUAAGUGCAUGCUUAAAGUUCCAGCACAGAGGCUUCUCAGUGUAAUUCAUGGCACUGACUGCAAGACAUUCCCUUUGUCCUUAGCACAAUCUUUCAGAGGCUUUUGCAAGAUAUUUUUCUUUCAUUUACCCUAAAGAUAGCAUGCAGAUAGAUAUGCAUGUAUGUAUUCUGUAGGGUUUUAUCUACAACAAUGUUAAAUGAACACUAUAGUACCAGGAAUACAAACAUGACUUAAUAGGUCCCUGGCCCCCCAUCAAAGCACUGAGAUGAUUUUUCUCACCUUUUUCCCCACACCGCCAGCGCUGCCUUUAGCGCGAGGUUGACAAGGCAUUGGGUGGCACUUUCGGCGGGAGGGGGGCAAAAAAAGCUGCCCCGAAAUGUCCUGGGAAGUGCUGAUGUUAGAGGCGGGCGGCGAGGGAGCGCUCCCCCCUGCUUAGCUUCAUCACGCGCACUGCACUGAUGCCAGAGCCGGAAUAUGAUGUCACUAUGGCCCCAGCAUCACUAAGAAACGCGCGAGGGAGCUGAGCAGGGAGAUCAUAAGAGCAUCCUCUCCUCCUCCAAUGUGAGCCUAUCUCCCAGACUGCUCGUAACUGUGUCUACAUACCUUGUCAGCCCCACUAGACCCAAGGGAAGAAUCCACUCAAGCAGGUAGGCAGGCUGGGUGGAUUGAAAUGUGCAAAGAAAUUGUCAGUGUGUGUAUGUAUUUGUCACUGAGAGUGUUUAUCAGUGUGUGUAUGCAUGUCUGUCAGUGAAUGUGUAUAUCUGGUGUGUGUGUGUGUCUCAGUGAAUGUGUAUUUCUUUCAGUUUGUUUGCGUCUCAGUGAGUAUGCGUGUGUGUAUGUUUCAGUGAAAUUGUGUGUUGGUUAAACUGUGUGUGUGUGUGUGUGUGUGUGUGUGUGUGUGUGACAGUGACUAUGUAUCUGUCAGUGAGGGUGUGUGUCUGUCAGGAAGAAAAUUUGGAAGGGGGGUGGGUGCUGAGUUUUGUCAUGCCUAGGGCAGCAGAAAACAAGAAUACACCACUGCACACAGCGCCUGUCGCACUACAGAUGUUGUUAGGCACUAGUGAUGUCGCGAACGGUUCGCCGCGGACUCCAGUCAGCAGACACAUUCCAGCCAAUCAGCAGCAGACCCUCCCACCUCCUGGACAGCAUCCAUUUUGAAGCAGCAUUCUUAGUGAGCUGUCUGGGAGGGAGGGUCUGCUGCUGAUUGGCUGGAAUGUGUUUGCUGACUGGAGUCCGCGGCGAACCGUUCGGGACAUCACUAUUAGGCACCAAUGAAAACAUUGCUUUUUCUCUGAAAAAGUUGCAUUCCCAUGGCUCCUCCAUUUAAAUUUUUUUUCAUCUCAUUGAACGUAAAUACUUCUUUACUGAUGUUUACAGAGACCAGGAAGUGGCUGUAUUUUUCUUUUUUCUUUUCAGCAAAUCACGGCCUUCCAAAUGGUUCCAAUAUCAGUGCUUUGUAUAUUUCAUAGAGUUGAGUCGGUAGUGUUUAUGGGAUAUGUAGUGCAGUUCUCAGCAUUUUGUUUGACAGCUGACUGCAAGUAUUUGAUUAGUACACACACACUUUAAGCACCAUAAUUACUACAUAAUAUGGUAGUGGUUAUGGUGCCAGGACUCCAAGGUGCCAUCCCAGAGUAUGCUUUCAGACUGUUAACAAAUUAUUUGACACUUAACCUGGCCGUGCUGGGCAUGCAUGGUCCUUCAGGUUUGCAUUGCUAUGCUGAAGUGGAAGUUAAUACUUUGGCAGUAGCCUAAAACUUUGGACAUUAUUCAUUGGCUGAGAGCUGUUCGCUUACAUUCUCAGCUGGUGAAUAAUUUUUAAAGUUGAAAUGUGUUGGUAUGAAAAUGUUGCAGUAUCAGCUUGUGCAUUACCAUUUUUAAUGAAUGUUCUUGUUCAGAAACUGUGUUGCCUAUCCCUUGCAGGUGACGAGUGUUUGUUGACCAAUUAACUUUGCUAAGAUUUAUGUUUUUCCUUGACUGUGUAUAGUGGAAAGAAAACUACAAAUAGCUAGGCAAACUGAAAGGACUGUAUGCGACCCCCGGAGACUGGUAUCAAGCCAUUUGUAAACAUGCUGUAGUGGUUAUAAUGAUUAGCAUCCUAUACAAGAACACUAGUGUUGGUAAUAUAAAUCUGUAUUCCUAACUCUAUAGAGUCCAUGUCCCUAUUCAUUUUCAGGUCUCUCUACAUCAGCUGCUUUCCUCUCUAUAUCAUCGGAGGAGGCCAUCCCUCCACCAACAUGCUGUGGGAGACAGUAUGUUGGUGGAGAGAUGGCCUGCUCCGCUGAUGUAGAAUCCAACACUCCUUAUAGAUGAGCAUUGGGAACCUAAUAUGUGGAGUGUGCCAUGCACACAGACAUGUCCAAUCCAAUGCUCCUCAUUCAAGCGUCGCUUUAGGAAAGCAUGUUUUUCUAUGGGGCUUCCACGUCACGUGAUGACAACCACUUGAGGUGGAAUUAACCCUGAAAUGUAAACACUGUAGCUUCUUAAAAACCAAGUUUUGCAUUGCAGGGUUAAGAGGACAGGAACUAGUGUUUUUUUAAUAGAAGCCUAAUGGUAGCAUCUUUUCCCCUUAAAGAUUAGUUUCAUAUAUAUUUUUCACACAUGCAAAUUAUUGCUCUUGGAUCUACUUUAUGCCUCUGCAUGAUGUCUAUGCAAGCUCACUCAUACUUAAUGAAAUAGAAAUUAAGUGAGCCGUACAAGUUAUACUUGUUAAACAAUAUGUGUAGGUUGAAGGGAAAUGUAUAUCCUUUAUGAUAUCAUAGAGUGGGCAGGUGGGAUAUAGUUCCAAUUGCAGUAAAUAUUCAUGCAAGCUAAAGUGCUUUAGGGGGUUUGAAAUUUUCCUAUAACAAAUCUCAAUUAAAAAUUAAUGACUAGAAUGAAGCGAACAAGUUGAGAUAUCAUGCACUUGAUGAAAUGGGCAUUCCAUUGACAUGUGGGGCAAUAUAUAGCUGUUUCACAAGUUUUCUUUAUAUUGUUGGUAAGCCUUGUGACAUCUUCUACUGAAUAGAGGGAUUCAUUUUAGGUAACUUGUUAGAUACCAGUUAUACUUUAUGCAAGCAGAGCAAAGGAACUCAUUAAAGGGACACUAUAGUCACCUGAACAACUUUAGCUUAAUGAAGCAGUUUUGGUGUAUAGAACAUGCCCCUGCAGCCUCACUGCUCAAUCCAGUGCCAUAUGGGAGUUAAAUCCCUUUGUUUAUGAACCCUAGUCACACCUCCCUGUAUGUGACUUGGACAGCCUUCCAUAAACACUUCCUGUAAAGAGAGCCCUAUUUAGGAUUUCUUUAUUGCAAGUUCUGUUUAAUUUGGAUUUUCUUAUCCCCUGCUAUGUUAAUAGUUUGCUAGAUCCUGCAAGAGCCUUCUGUAUGUGAUUUAAAGUUCAAUUUAGAGAUUGAGAUACAAAUAUUUAAGGUAAAUCACAUCUGUUUGAAAGUGAAACCUGUUUUUUUUUUUUUUUUCAUGCAGGCUCUGUCAGUCAUAGCCGGGGAGGUGUGGCUAGGGCUGCAUAAACAGAAACAAAGUGAUUUAACUCCUAAAUGACAGUGAAUUGAGCAGUGGAAUUGCGGGGGAUGAUCUAUACACUAAAAUUGCUUUAUUUAGCUAAAGUAAUUUAGGUGACUAUAGUGUUCCUUUAAGUAGUAAAACCACUACAGCCAGGUGUGUGUGUAUAUAUAUAUAUGUAUAUCUAUCACACUGUGAGCCUUUAGCUGCAUCCUCUGUGUCUGUUCUUGUAGUCAACAAAGAAUUUGGAUUGCACUAUAGAGCAAAGCAGGGCCAUGCUGAUUGCCUGGGAUGGUCAAAUUAGUGCUCUCAGCCAAUUAACGCAAUCCUGCAUUGGAGGGAUACUUUAUUCCACAGAAACAUCUUUUUUUUUUUUUUUUUUGACAAUCUUUAUUUUGACUUUUAGCAUCGGUACAGUGUGUCGAUUCUUGAACAGAGUAAGGUACAAAAUAUCAACUUAUAAGAGGUAUAACACCCAACAGGAUAGAAACAGUACAUGCACCUAACAAACCGCGGGGGAUCUUAAAACAGCUGACCUAUACUAAUGGGUGAGACUCAGAUAAUGGCAUGGUGAUGGAAGGCCGGGUCUGUCACGCGCUAUGAUCAGGUGUGAGAGCGUAUCAUUAAGUCGACGUAGUCGCGGUCAGUUGUCCGGGGAGUUAAACCGGGAUCAUUGUCCAGUUUGUCAGAGGCUCGCUCAUGGUUACACUAACAAAUGUCUGCGGCCAAGGGGGUCAUCAGAGAGGUCGGGUCUCAGUCAGCCGUCCGGCUAUCGUUCAGGAGCUGUUGGUUGAGAGGGAGGGGGAAGAGGCUCCCGGCUCCCAGCCCCGCCCGCCGAGAGGUACCAUAGCCAGGGCGUCCAAGUGAGAGCACAUUUCUCUUGCCUAUCAUACAACGCUGCUGUAAGCUAUUCCAUACUAUAUAGUUCCCCCACCUUGUCGAUCCACUGCUGGAGCGUGGGCGCAUCCUUGUGUCUCCACCUUGUAGGGACCAGUGCAAUGGCUGCCGUUAGUAGGUGUUUUAUCAGAGAUUUCUUGUAUACUGAAAGGGUCAUGUCAGUGUGAUUAAGGAUCAUGGUGAGGGGUUGUAGUGGAAGGGCAAUAUCUGUGAUUUGCUUAAUCUCUUGGAUCGUGGUCCAGAAGGGGGCGAUACCCGGACAGCUCCACCAGAUGUGGAGGGCGGAGCCAUCGGCAUCGUCACAUCUCCAACAAUCCCCGGGUAUCUCAGGGUUUAUACGGUGCAGAAUGUCUGGGGUUCUAUACCAGUGCGUGAGGACCUUAAAGCUGGUCUCCUGAAGUUUGGAGCUGAUGGAACAUUUAUGUGUUAGAAUAAAAAUCUUGUCCCAGUCCUGGUCUGUGAGCGUGGUUCCUGUCUCUCUCUCCCAUCUAGUAAUGUAUCUUGGGUGUGACGGGUUUUCUCCAGUAGCGAGAAGUGCGUAAAGUGUGGAAACGCCCCUCAUAGGGUGAGCCCUUGUGGUGCAGAGUGUUUCGAACUGCGUGGGGAUUCUGUGGAGGCCCUGUUUGUUUGGGAAGGUCGCGUAGUAUGCCCGUAUUUGGAGAUAGUGGAAGUGGUCUAGGCCUGUGGGUACUGUAUCCCCCAGGAUGUCUGUCAGAGGCUUGAGUCGGUCCCCCUGUAUUAUAUGAUGGAAACUAAUCCAGUCGGAGUCAGGGUAUGCGUGUAGGUCCGCAGGCGUUAGUCCCCCUCCACCACAGAAACAUCUUGUUUCUCCUGCAAGAGAAUACUUCAAAAUCCAAAACAGCACACACAUUCUACAAGGGCCAACACUAUUGUGCCACACGAACCAGGGGAACUACCAAUCCCUUGAAGAGUAUCCAAUGUAGAGAGAAUAUGUCCAAGCACAUAGGGAAUAUUGCGGACUUGCAGAAUUUUAUUGGAAUGGAAUGGCAACGUUUGAGCCACACACAAGCUUGAAAAAAAUCCAAAGCGUUGCCAUUCCACUUUAAUAAAAUUCUGCAUGUUGGACAUAUCCUGUGUGUGCCCAGACAGCUUUUCUCUAUAGAGACGAAAGCAGACACCCAGAAGGACCCACGUAAGUUGUCAAACCAUACUAAAACGGCUUGAGCGUUUUGCUGUGUGAUGGCACCAGGGUACUUUUUGCACCGUAACCACUACAGCAAUCUGUAGUGACUGAACCAUGAAUACUCUACUAACAAAAAAGGCACAAUUGAUUGUGUGAAAUAUCCAAUGCUGAUAGUUGCAUUUCUCAAAUCUGCUCUUUAGCGAACAUACCAUGCACCAUUAUUUUUGCUCAAGGUUUUAGAUGUGGGUGUUUUAUGGAAUGCCAUGCUCAGUAUGCAGCUUUGAGUGUUUGCAACACAACUGCCAUUUUUGUAGUUUAUAUCUCUCUUGAGGACAUAAAUAUAUAAACUUAAAGGAACACUAUAGUGUUAGGACUACAAAGCUUUAUUCCUAAGUCCCAUUUCCCCACUCCUGCAGGACUCUAGAGAAAUGGCUGGCGAACCAUCUAUGUUUUUACCCCUGAACUGAAUUUGCACUUGUUUGUAGAAGUGAUUAUUAUAGAACACACGUGUAGCCCUAGGCUGUAAUGUAAACACAUUUUCUCUGAAAAGACCGUGUUUACAGCAAAAAGCCUGAAGGUAAUGAUUAGAUUUACCAAAACAAAUACAAUGAGCUGUAGUUGUUCUGGUGAAUAUAGUGUCCGUUUAAGCUUCCUACAAGUCUCAAGGAUUUGUAGCUUUGUGUGGUGGACUGUGUCCAAACUUGAAAUAUCCCAUAUCUUUGAGCCAAUCCUAACAGCUCCUAUUGAAACCAAUAGAUUGAGUGUAUAUAAUAUAUGUCCAGCAGUGGUUUAUGGGAUAUCCAGUUCUGAACGUGAUCGGAAUUGCAUUUAUAAGGUAAAAUGAAUGGAGUUGCAGCCUAUGUUGAUGACUGGUGCACCUCUGGUGCUAUUGAUUUACCUAAAGAAUUAAGUUUUUGUUAAUGGACAUGUGAUUGCUUGGUGUGCAAAUUUGUAUCUGGAUUACCAGCUACUUUACAGUAAGCUGUGAAUUACAGGAGGUCUGGGUUUGUAAAGAUUGCUUCUUCCCAGUGGGUAUCACCAUACAACAACUUGGAUGGGCUGGGGGAAACAUUAGUUAGUGCCAGUUCAUGUAUGUGAGCGAACAGGCAUUCCUAUAACCGCAGUGAUUUUUCAAAUUGAUGUGUGCAGGUACACAGUGACAAGGAACCUGUUUGCAUACAGCCUAUACAAGUGUGAUCUAUCUAUCAAAUUCAAUGGACAAAGUGGAAUCAAGCACUUGAAGCUGUUGUUCUUGAUGAUUGGUGCAGAUUCAUCGUCAGCACCUGAUUCUUUUUUCAAUUCUAAGCUUGAGCAUUUUCAGUGGCCUGCACAGUGCCAAAGGGAUACAAAGAAUCCGAUGUGGAAUAUAACAUGCACAUGAGGAUAUCUAGUGAUCCUGGAGGUUUGAAGGCUCUGUCUUUGCAAGCUUACCAUCCAACGGCCUGUGUUAUUGUGUAUUCUGUCAUACAAUAUAGUUGUAUACUGAUGUAAUGGAAUUUUCUGUUUGUGUAUUAAAGAUGGUCUAUGUUCAGCUUCAUGUCUGGCAUUGAUUAUAUAUAUUUUUUCUUUACUAUGUUGGAAGACUGAGUGUGGUUUGAUUUCCAUACUUUGUCCCAGUCUAGCAUUUAACCAUACGGUUUGACUACUUUACCUUGAGAAGGCACUCCUCAUUAUUUUCCUUGUCCAGCUUAUAUACAUAUGAAAUAUUUAUGAUAUUCAAACUGCAGCUACACCAUUCUCUUUUAUUAUUUACCUUAUAUUCUGGCAUUUGGAGUACUGUUCUCGGUUUUUGGUCGCAGAAAUGUUUUUUGAUAUUCAGCUUACGUUUUUGUGCAUAAGAUUUGUGUAUUAUAUAUCUAUAUCCGAAGAGAUGGGUUAUACAGUGGUGCCUCGGUUAACAUAAUUUUCGGGUUUACAAAGGAAAAUCCAUUGAAAAUAACGCUUUGGUUUACAAAUUUUUUUAUUUUUUUUUACAAUAUGUUGCAAGAUUCCCCGGGAUACAUUGCGCCUGGGAGGUUUAUAGCACCGCCCCCAUGCAUGCUGUGGGUAGCACGAGGUGUUGGAGCGGUGUUUGCAUAGAGUUUUGGAGCCAUUCUGGACUUUUUUUUUUAUUUUAUUUUUUUUUUUCAGUGGUUUUGGGACUUUCUGGAAAGUUUUUGGUGCAUUUCUCAAGAGGUGGAAAAAGGUAGGGAGCUGAGCUUUGUCGUUUGCAUACCUUUUACUGUGUGUUCUGCAUUGUGGGUCGGUUUCCAUGCCAGCUCAUUUUUACUUUUUUUUUUUUUUUCUGACAUCCGGAACAGAUUCAUUGGUUUUCAAUACAUUCCUUUGAGAAACCAAUUUUCGGUUUACAAAUUUUUGUAAAAAGUCCCGGAGAAUGCAUUAAAUCGUAAACCGAGGUACCAUUAUAUAUUGCUGGGAAUGAAAACUUAGUCCUGGCAAGUAGAAAUUCACCCCUGCAGUAACCUUUAAGGCCUUGUCAGUAGCAUAGUCCUACACAUUUUAAGCUGUGGGUGGGAGGUUUAUCAAUUAAAAAAAAAAAAAAUUUUUGGAGCUAAGAUGCAAUUGUCAUGAAAACCAAUAGAACAUCACCCAGCAUUUGGCACUUGGGUUGAGAAUAGCAACAGUUUGCCUUGAUAAACCUGUCUCCUUGUUGGUGACAAUUUUAAGGGCCUAUUCACUAAACACGGUAUUGUGUUUUUGCACAUUUUGGCUGAUUGAUUCACUUCAUUAAUUUUAAUUCAGUGUAUAAAAUGCAUCUUUGGUACAUUGUACUCCCAAACAGCCCAAUAGGCUACUUUUUUAAAAUGUAUCUCUUGAUAGUGGAUUUGCAGCUAGGAGGGAUGGGGGAAAAAAUCAUAGAAACUAUUCCCAGGCUUAUAUAUAAAACGUGAAACAACCAAAUAUAGGGUAUUUGGCCAUCAUACUGCAUUUAGGGAUGGUUGAUGUCUUUUUAUUUUAUGAACAUAUCUCUUCCAUGCUAUCUGAAUAAAGUCUAUUUAUGCCCGGCUCAUUCAUUUUUAAAUGCAUUAACUUGUGGAGCACAAUUUGUAAGUCAAGAGUUCUGGAUCCUUAAAUUGUUCUGAUGUCAUUAAAUUUACAUUUAAAAAAAAAAAAAAAAAUGUAUUGAGAAUGAACAGGGCUUUUUAUUUUUGGGACUGCUUUUAUUGGGGGGGACUCCCCCUCUCUCUCUCCACCCCCCCCCCCUCUCUCCCCAGAGGAGUGAAUGGACUAUACCAUUUCACUUUCUGCAUUACUUUUACAGUUCAGAGAUUAAUAAAUAUUGCUAUAACAGCUUUAAAUACAUUUUAUUUUAGCCGUAUCUCCUGUAUGUGGACUUAUUUAGAUGGAGACAUUCUUUUUACAUUUUGUUGCAAGUUUUAGUAAGCUGGGCGACAAGUAAUGCCUUCAGAUUCCUUAUAAAUACCUAUUCGCAUGGUAUUGACUAUUUUUGUUUUGUCACUUCUACUGUGUGUUUUUGCUUUUAUACUAACUUUUCAGACAUAUUUAAAGAUAAAGGACACUGUAUUCUAUCUAAAGCUGUUCAUUUCCCAAACAUUUAUGAAGGAUUAACGAAAAGGUGACAAAUAAAAAUUGUGUAAAUUUAUAUCAUCUAAAUUUUUAAGUUUGUCUGCUGAUCAAUCUAUAAACAAGACUGCUGUUGUAUUGUAUGUUUAUAUGCUUGCUAUGCAUCCCUUGUACCAAAUAAAUAUUAUGCUAAUAUUUUUUCGAUCAAAACUUGUUUGGUGGUAAAGGGGUUAAAAGUGUAUGUGGGUGUUAUUCCCCCCUACCACUAUUUUGGUAGCCUGACCCUAAACUGUAUGUGUGUGCAAAUUGAAGAAACUAUUUAUUGGAUAUGUACAGAUCCCCCUUGUUUUAAUAUGUUGCAUUAGUAGUUGAAAUAUUAUUUUUUUUUUUUUUUGUCUGUCUAGUUCUUGGAGCUAGCCAAACUGUGGCUCUUACACUCCAAACCCUAUCAUCUUACCUGCAUCACCUACUGCACCCACAUGACGCCCAUAAAGCAUACAGCACUCGCAUGAUCAGAGAAAAGGCAAUGUUUUUAUUGUUGCCUAGUGACCUCUCUAGUGGCUGUCACUCAGAUGGCCACUAGAAGUGCUUCUUAGUCCAGUAGAUAAACCUACAUUUAGCGUUUCCAUGCUCUGCAUGGAGGCACUAAAUAUUCCCCAUAGAGAUGAAUUGAUUUAAUGAAGGGCUCGACAAAUCCUGGUCGCCAUGGCACCUUGGAAUUUUGUCUUGGUGACUGGGAUACGCGAGUCUCUUAACUCCAAGGUGGCUGGCCAGCCAGCGGCAAGCUGGGGGAUUUUGCUGGCUGGUCAUGGAGGAGGGCGGGUAGCUGUGCAAAUAAUAGGCGGGCGGCGAGGGAGCUAUGAUGUCCUUGCACUGCUUCCCUGCGCGCGCCGCUUAAUGAGACCGGGGGCCAGGAUCUGACAUCAUAUUCCGGCCCCGGUCUCACUAAUCGGCACGCGAGGGAGCAGAGCGGAGACCUAACAGCUCCCUCGCCACCAGCAACAAAACGUGCAGCAAGCCGCCUUCCUACAAAAUCUCCGAUCUCCCAAUUUGCCGCUCGCCGGCACAAUCCUCUAGCAUGCCGCCCGCCUGCACCAUCCCCCAGCCUGUCGCCCACUAGAACCCACAGGUAUUAGACAAAUAUUUACACAUGAUUGCUUGUUUUGUGUGUGUGUGUUUCUUUUUUUUUUUUUUUAAGGUGUCCAGACCCCUUCUAUUCGCAAGGGAAUGGGGUUUGUAUUUUUUUUUUUUUUAACGCCGUGCUGGUCUCCCCUCGACUGGCCCUACCUCUAUGGCAGAAAUUGAUAAAUCUUGAUGAUCUCAGCCAAUCCAAUGUUUUCCCAUUGCAUUGACUGCAAAACGCUGCACCAAUCAGCAUCUCUUCAUGCAGAGCGUGGAUACGCUGAAUGUAGGUGCUGCACACUGUGCAGCACUGACACAGGAAGCACCUCUAGUGACUGUCACUAGAGGUGUCACUAGAAAGCAAUGUAAACACUGCCUUUUCUAUGAAAAGGCAGUGUUUACAUUGAAAAGUCUGCAGGGACAGGCUAUAGACACCAGAACCACUACGUUAAGUUGUAGUGGUCCUGGUGACUAUAGUGUCACUUUAAGAAUUGUAUUUUUUGUCAUUGAAUAAAAAGCAUUGUAUGGUUUUUUAAAAUAAAUAAAUAAAAAUCGGGCUAACUAUUUUAGCUGGCUCCUAGAUUCAAAGCAUAUUUGUAAAGCCCUGAUUUAAUGUAUCUAUAAGGAGAUGCUGAUUGUCGCAGUGCAUUUUGCUGCUCACAAUGCUUUGUGCUAUGCAUUGGAUUGGCUGAAAUAAUCAAUCUUGAUUAUCAAGGCAGGACUAGCCACGGAGAGACCUGCAUGGUGUAGGAUAAAAGGGGAGUAAAUCACCUUUCCCAUACGAUCGGAGGGGGGCCGGUCACCUAAACAUACACUCACACACAAAUUAUUUUUUUUUUAAUUUAAGUCCACCCAGCCUCCCUACUUUUGUGACAGCUGGAGUGAAUCGUUUCCCGGAGCUCCAGUGUGGCUGCUGAAAUUUUUAAGCUGUUCUUGCUCUGCUCCCUCGUGCCUCUUUAGUGAUGCAGGGGGAUGGAUUGAUGUCAUAUCCCGGUGUUCUAUCAGUCUGGUAUACUCCGUCAGAUUGCUAUACCCACGUCACUUCCGGGGAGGGGAAUCAGCUGUCUCUUGUGCUGCACAUGCGUGCUAGCACUCCUGCUACUCCUCCACAGCAAGGUCCUGGAAGGUAAGUAAAACUAGUUUUACACUUUCAUUAUAGUUAGUGCAUUCACUAAGCUUAGGCACACGGGACAUUUAGGGUUAAGUGAGGGUACAAAUUAGGGUUAGGUAAGUGCUUCUAACCUCUCUCACACUCUAUUCUUACCCUAACCCUUGGGGUAAGGGUUAAAAUAAAGUGUGAGAAAUCACUAUUUAGUGAUAUUCCCCUAAUGUGAAAUAUCACUAAAUAUGAACAAGUCCCUAAUCCUAACCCUAAUUUGAACCCUAACAUUAACCCUAAAUGUCCCAUGUCCUAAGCUUAGUGAAUGCACCAACUAUAAUGAAAGUGUAAAACUAGUUUUACUUACCUUCCAGGACCUUGCUGUGGAGGAGUAGCAGGAGUGCUAGCACGCAUGUGCAGCACAGGAUCCAGCUGAUUCCCCUCCCCGGAAGUGACGUGGGUAUAGCAAUCUGACGGGGUAUACCAAACUGAUAGAACACCGGCAUCACAGCAGUGCAGACAAGGAAGAUUACAGCUCCUUCCUUGCCCGCCUCCAUUCUGCCUCAGCCUGCUACCGUGGGGGUGUUGAUUCUGAACGGGCUAACAAAAUUCCUAGUCAUCAUGGCGACCUGGGGUCUGGAAUUUGUUGAGCUCUGGUGUAACGGAAUGUGUUUGUGUAUGACUCUGUCUGUGUGCACCUGUUUCUGUGUGUGCUCAUGUGCAUGCCUGUGUGACCGUGUGUAUCUUUGUGCAUUCUGUGUGUGUGUGUCUGCAUCUGUGUGUAGGAGAGCGUGUGUGUCUAGGUGGGGGGUCCAGCCAUUUAAUUAAAAAAAAUGUACCGGUAUUUUUAAUUUUUUUAAAGGGUAAAUUCAGUUACUGAUUAAAAUAAAUAACUAAAAUGUAACUCUUUAAUUUUAUCUGCAGCACAAUACACUUUAAAUAUUCCCUUUCCCUGCCCUCUCUCCUCAGCUAUACAGAAAUAUAACCUUUUUACUGUAUAUGGGCAGCACAGUCCUCUGUUUUGAUAUAUGGUGCCUCAAGUGACUGAGGAAAUCACUGAACUGACAUUAUGAGCAACACAAUUGCAUUAGAUAAGAUACAGGAAAAUAAGGGGUUAAAAGGAUAUUAUGCCAAAACCAGCUCAUCCUCACGAAGCCCUUUUGUUGCCUUGAUCCUGUUUCUUUCUCAAAAGUAAACAUUGCAGGUUUAUAUUUGCUCCUAAACAUCAGUCUGUCAGUAACUAAGGGACACAUCAAAUUGAAGACAUUCAGUUAUUGAAUGUCUUCAUGUUUGGCACCUAUGAACGCUGCUGUGACAGUAUUUGCAGUAGGCCCCCAAUGCUCCUCUAUUUAUACUGCACCAGCCAGCUGAAACACAGUGUAUAAAGGCCUUUUCUUCAUCUUCUCCAUUAGUCCUCUCUCUUCCCUGUCCUCUUGACUACUGGUUUCACCAUGAUUCACCAUAUGUGUCACAUAAUUCCAGUAAGGGCGGACUAGUCUUUGUGUGGCUCUAUGCACUUGGACAGCUGCUCAUUUAUCUCUUUUCCCCUGUAAACUUAGAGCAAACGGUGUUUCUGUGGUCCAGCCAUAAUGAUGUUUUCAACCCUCUCUAUUUCUUUUUUUCUUAGUUGGUGUCUUUCUAUCUCCUUGUAAUUCGGGAUAUACAUAUGAGUAAAUGGCAACAACAGUUCUGUCUCCCGAGCACCAUGAGUGAGUUCUAGCUUCCGCAGUGACUUGGUGCGGACACUUCAUUAAUUUAUUCGAGUGUGCUACCUCUAUUCUUAUGAAAAGUUUACGGCCUUUAAGUUGUAAAACACAUUAAAAAAAUAUUAUUAAAAUUAUCUGUUGACUUUAAAUAUUUUUACCGGGGCAAUGGGAUGAUCAUUAGCCAGUUUUAAUCUAUUUAGUACUUUUUCAAAUCCAAUUGGGGGAAGGAAAUAAAAUCGUGCUGCCCUUAACUUAUUUAGUGGUUGUAGGUUUCCUUACAUUAGGAGUCCAGUAAUAUGUUUGUUAAUCUCUCCUCAAAGUCACUUGUGUAGUGGAGUAUUUGCUAGAUCAUCAGAGUGUUUUGGAGGCUGUUCACCAGUAUAUUAUGAUGUCAUUUCUGUCAGUUUUGUUGGUCUCUGCUCCAGUCAUGUGUUUGAGUACUUGUGACAUACUGAUUAUAUGGCAAAACGAUUGCCUGUGUGUUAGUCACAUAGUGGAGAGAAAAAAAUAGCUAAGAAAAACAUGUUUGAGCAUGCCUUCAAGGUGUCUGCCUCAGUGGGAAAUCUUGACCAAAGCAAAGAGUGUGGAAUUUUCACCUCCAGGAAGUGCAGACAACAGUGAUCAUUCACUCACUGUCUGGUGCUUAUUAGAACGCAGCCCAGGUAUCCGCUAGCUGUGCUUUGACUUGAUAAGUGCCAGCCUAUUAGGGAGUGCUUACUGUGGUCUACACCUGCUGGAGGUGCAGAUUGAAGGCUCCCCCACAUGACCUUAUGGGAAUAGCUAAUAAUUUGUGUGGAGGCCCCAAUCUGAAUUGAUUUUGGGUGUCAGGGUAAGUAGAUUGUCAAGACAAACAACUAAAUUGGACUACCACCCUUGGACAAGCAGAGUUUUAUUUUUAAUUCCACACCCCUGCAUAUCCAGUUUAGAUUCUUUCAUUCCUUGGUAUUUGCAAAAUUCAGCCACCACACACACUGAUACUCCGUUCAUACAGCCUCUUCCACACACAACACUCAGUCUUUAUACAUAGUCACAUACAGCACUCGGUGAACCCGGACACACACCACUCAUAGAAACAGAGCCCAGAGCUCGAGCAGGAACACCAAUCUGGCACACUGCCUAGGGCCCUGGCCCCAGGCAACCUUAAUCUGGCUCUGCUUGUAGCUGUUUCCUAUAUGGCCUACUAGUAUUUCUAUAGUCCUGGUUAUCUCUCCUCUUUUUGCUAACAUCUGCUCACAUUUAUCUAGUCCUAACAAUAUACACAAGUCACUGUCCUGCUCAGUGUUGGCAUACAGCUUGAUAUCCUCCAUGUAGAGGGGGUUGAUGGUAUAUCCACUUUUGAACCUGUGUUUGUAUCCACACUUCUGGCUGAACAACAUGAGAGAGAGAGAGAGAGAGAGAGAGAGCAUCACCUUGGUAUGUUUUUUGUGACUUUGACAAGAGCCAAAUAGUGAAGGCUAGACAAGUGGGUCAAAGCAUCUCCACAACAGGUAUUCUUGUGGGGUGAUUCCAGUAGGCAGUGGUUAGUACCAACCAAAAGCGGUACAAGGAUGGAAAACUGUUAAACUGGUGUCAGGGUCAUGGGCAUUCAAGGCUUAUUGAUGUAUGUGGUGAGCGAAGCCUAGUCUGUCUGGUGCAAUCACACAAGAGGUACUCUAGCCCAAAUUGCUGAAAAACAUAAUGAUAGGUGUCAGAACACACACAAUGCAUUGCCGUUUUAUUGCAUGUAGGGCUGUGUAACCGCAGACCGGUCAGAGUGCCCAUAAUGACCCGUGUUUAUCGCCGAAAGUUGCUUGGUCUGUAGAAUCAUGUGGUGGUUUUUUGAUCAGGUGGAUUGACGAGUGCGUGUGUUUAGUUUACCUUGGUAUAGAUGGCAGAAUGAUGGAUUAUGGGAAGAAGGCAUAGCUGCUGAGGCAGUGUUAUGCUCUGGGCAAUGUUAUGCUGGAAAACCUUGUGUUCUGGCAUUCAUUUGGGUAUUCCAUUGAGACGUACCACACCGACUGUUUCAGACACGUACACUCCUUCAUUGCAAUGGUGUUCUCUGAUGGCAGCGGCCUCUUUUAGCAGGAUAAUGCUCACUGCCAAAAUGUCUUCAGGAAUGGUUAGAGGAACAUAUUAAAGAGUUCGGGGUGUGUUGCCUUGGAUUCCAAAUUCCUCAGAUCUGAAUCCGAUUGAGCAUCUGUGGGAUGUGUUGGAACAACAAAUUUGAUCCAUGCAAGCCUCACCUAGCAACUUGCAGGAUUUAAAUGAUCUUCUGGUAAUGUCGGCUACCACAGGAAACGUUCUAGACGUCUUGUGGAGUCCAUGUCUUGAUGCAUCAGAGCUAUUUUGGCAGCACGAGGGGGACCUACAUGAUAUUAGGCAGGUGGUUUUAAUGUUGUGGCAGAUCUUUGUUUGCAGGAAUGUGGAAUUUAUAUUGUUUGACGCCCAGGACAAUUCUGGGUGCCGGGCAAAAAGACUUUAAAUAAAAAAAUAAAAAAUAUAUAUAUUUUAUUUAAAGUCUAUAUAUAAUUUAUUUAUAGCACUGCUGUGGGCAGGGAGUGCAUGUCUGUUAUGCGGAGGGCCAGACUGGUCUAUCCUGUUAGGGGCACCAAGACACCAUAACUUGGGCUGGCUGCAGCUCAUAUAACUGGGGCUACCAGGAUUUAGCGUGACGUGGACAGGCAGAAAUCAUCAGCUGCUGGUAAUCUGUGUGUGUCAGUGAAUAUGAAUCCGUGUAUCACAACUACAUACAACCAGCACACUAACACGUGACCUACCGCUAGCAUACACUUUUUUUUUUUUUUUUUUCAUAUAAAUCCAAGUGGCAAAACUGGGACAAAACAGCCCUGUUGAGACUAUAGGAAAGUUAGAGAAUUUUUAGCAUGAUCUAUUAUUACAUCCAUUUCUUUCAGACUUAUUUUGUGAAAAUUCUGAAUUUAGCAAAUAGCCCUGUCAAAGUCCAGGGCUCUUGUCAGGGACCCCAAUUUUUUUAAUUUAAUUUUUUUUUUUGUGUCCGGACAAGUAGAUUGUCAUGAUGCCGAAAUAGAUUUGGCUACCAUUUUAGUCUCUUGGGUGUGCGUGCGUGCGUGUCAGGAUGAUAUUGCAUUUAAAAUUUGUAACUUUGAGUUCAUAUCGCAAGUGCAUGUGUGACACUGGGUAUUCACAGGAUUGGUGCCACGUGGUAUAACGGAGGAAAAGGAAACCACAUCUUGUUCAGAGAACAAGUGUAGGAGGGACAUGAGGUGCCAGGCAGCUUUCCCUUCACAAAAUAUCACAUCAAGAAUUCUACACAGGGCUGAAAACAGCAAAAGAAGGUGAGGGGCAGUCUUUUCUUUCUCUCUCUUCUUCUAAAGAGACCAUCUUCUGUUGCCCCUUUGUCUGUGCAUUGUUUUGCACUUGUGAGAGCUGUGUCUUUUAACUUCUGUAUGUACACAGCAAAGGGUCAAAUCUGUCCCUAUUUAAAUUAUCCUCUCUGUGUCACUCUGUCACAGUGAACUAUUCACGGUCGGUGAAACAACUGUAACUUAAUUAUAAUAUUUUUCAGUUCAUUUUUUUUUGGUGGGGCAAGUGUAACCAUGUUCUCAUCUGUUUUUCUGUCCAUUGCUUAUUAUUUUCACUACUUUGGUAGCAUGACAUGACUCAUUUUUACGGCAGGGAUGCACGUAAGUAAUACGUGCUCUAGAGUGUGCAUUAAGCUACAACGUUGCCAACAAUCAUUCACUGUAAUCAUAUGUUAACCAUAAUCCCAAUAAUGACUGUGGAUUACUGAUUUGCAGAAUCCAUACCAAAGUAGUGACAUUGUAAAAAUGGAGUUUUGUUUAUUUAUUGCAUUUUGCUUCAGCAAUACUUUAGGCUACAUUUUGCAGGUUUGUUAUCUCUCUAUUUACUGGGCAAAUUCUUAAAUGAAAAGUAAUGGGGCAUCUUCCAGCAAUACUUAAGUUGUGUUGACCCAGACUAGACUGUCAUUCAAAUGAGAUUCAUUCAGUGCUUGGCAAUGAUGUCAGCUGUACAAUGUACUCUGGGAAAAUACAUAUUUUUCUGGUAUAUCCUGUAGGCUGCAACAUGACAAGUCUCUACUAUUAUCUGUCCACUUCCUACUGCAGCAGUAGACUUCUUUUUCUGUAAGUGUACAUAAAUCAAAUCUGCUGAUUUUAAAUACUGGCAUAAAGUGUGUGCGUGUGUAUUAUUAUGAUUUAUAUUGCGCCAACAAAUUCUGUAGCGCUGUACGGUGGUUGGACUAACGGACACAUAAUUGAGAUCAGACCACUGGACGUACAGGAACAGAGGGGGUUGAGGGCCCUGCUCGGUGAGCUUAAAUUAUAUUUUAUAUAUAUAUAUUUAUUAAUUAAUAUUACAAACUCUAUGUCAAAUAAAAUUUGGAUAUGGAAGAUGGACUGUAUGCUUGUCCUAGCAUCUUUUAUGUUUUCUCUAGUUUUAAUUUAUAGACAAAAUAUGGUUAUAAACCAUGAAGGACUACUAAAGUCAUCUGAAUAAAGUGAUAAUUUGAACCGCCGUACUGAUGAAGUAAAACUCGUUCUGGGAAUCAAAUGCUACUGAUAGCGGCAUAUGGAUGCUGACAUCACCAGAGGUGGAUCUGGAGGCUGCAGAGGAAGAGUUAGGGCUCUGAGUAGGAAAAGAGUAAUUGUCAUUUAACUCACUUCACGUAGGGUGAGGACAAAGGAGAGUGGACAGGGAGGGAUCCUAUAGUCCCAAAUGUUACUUUUGGGACUACAGGUUCCCUUUAAAAAUAACUUGGUAUGGCAAACAUUUCUCCUGAUAUUAUAGCAUUAAGCAAACUUUUUAGGUCACCAGCCCCCCUUAGAUCACAUGGGAAAGUUGAGUUUACUUUUUUCCCUAUGCUGUAGCAAUCUCGCCACAGCUGUCCCUGCCUUCAAGGCUGAGAUUAUCAUUCUUGAUGAUCUCCGCAAAUCCAAUGCUUUCCUAGCGGAAAGGCUGUUGCGCAUUGGCAGCAAAAAGUCACGCUGCGCCAAUCAGUAUCUCUGCAAAGAAACACAUUGAAUCUAUGCAUCGCUGUGGAGAACAUUCAGUGCCUCUAUGUAGAUCAUGGAGAUGCUGAACAGCUCUGCAGCACUAAGAUAGGAAGCGCUUUAGUGGCCACCUGAGUGACUGCCACUUGAGAUGUAACUAGCCGGCAAUGUAAACACUGCCUUUUAUGUGGAAAGGACGUGUUUACAGUGCUAAGGGUGCAAGACGAGGCUAUAGACACAGAACCACUACAUGAAGCUGCAGUGGUUCUGGUGACGAGUGUCUCUUUAACCAGCAGCCAUCUACUUUACUUGCCUGUUAUAUCGCAAGUGCAAUCUAAUCUUUGGAGACUGGAGACCACAUUGUUUAAGUGGUUCAGUGAUUUGUUUCCCUUAACCCUCUUAUGGUUUUUGACACACAGUAGAAAGUGACACACGUUUUCCUCUGAGUGUGAAGAAACUUGUCCCAUCUUACAUUUGCCGGUCACUGUGGGAUUAAAUUGAAAGGACAUUGCCAUUGUUUUAUUUCUUAUUUCUUAAAGCUGGGUUUUUUUUAAAUUCUUUAUUUUUGGUUGUGCAAGGAUACAGAACAUCGUAUGAUACCAUAACAGCAUACAUGUGCACUAUUUAAAUACAUUGAAUCACAAACAAAGCAUUGAAAGAGCUGCACCCCUUGGAGGCGCGAGCAGUAUCGGCCAACAUUUGUGACACACACAGGGCUGUGAAGGGGUAGGUAUGAUGUAUGUAGCAGGUCAGGUUGGUCAUUGUAAUGAUUGGAAACCUUUCCAUUUUUUUUUUUUUUUAUUCCAUUAUUGAAUAUGUAAAAAUAUUUUUUUGUGCUGCUCAUAAUCCAAUAUGUAACCGUAUCAUGAGAAGUAAAGGAAACUUAACAUUUUGGGCUCCUGUCUUGAGCCUUGCACACCACUGUAGACAUAGCCAACCUUGCUUGACCUUCUUACCAGUUAGUAGGUCAAAUUCACCCUGGUAUGACAUGCCCAUUUUACAACUUGCAUCAGCGAUGAUGCGCUUGUAUUUAUGGGAUCAUAGUCUAUACUUGACAUUUCCCUGUUUCUGAUUUUUAACUUGCCAAAGUUGGCACGUUUGUAUUAAUGGUGUUCAGCAAUUCAGAAAUACUGUUGCAUCGCCCCAUACUUCCUAUGUUCAAAAUUUUUUUUUUCUUCUCUCACGGAAAUAGCUGGAAGUAUUAGCAGUGGCGGAGACCUUUUUGACGUGCGACUUCAUGAUGGUAUUAAAUGUAAUGAAACACAUUAUUGAAGGGGCAAACAUCCUCCCUCAAAAUGGGAAAUUCACUUACAUGGUGGUGCCCAGGGGGAGAAGGGAAGUGCUUCCACCUCACAGCCAUAUUCAGCUGUUCAGAGAAGUAAUCGUUGGCAAUGUCACCAUAAAACAGACAUAUAUGGAAAACAAAGAUUUGGCAGUCAGAAACAUUUGACACAUUUUGUCCAAAAUUAGCCUGUCAAUGCCACAAAGUAGUUUUAAUUUUUUUUUAUUUGAAAUUUUAAUCACAUUGGAGUUCCAAUGAAGAUAAUCUUAUAACCACGUUAAGUGUAACGAAAAAUAUAUAAUAUUUAGAAUUCUAUUCCAUCUAAAUUUGGUCAAGAUUACCAAAUGUUUAAUGUGAUGUCAUGUUAUAAAAGAGGGAUGUUUUGAGAGGUAAACUGGUGCUAGCGAGAAUACCCAGACUACAACAAAGUGUCUGGGUCAGGUUUAAGGGGUAGUCCUCUACUGCCAUUUCACAUUAAAUAGCCAAAAUAUUAUUUUUUUGUCAAUGGUUCAGCCUUUUGCUGGAUCCCUGAGCGUGUUCUAGUGGUCAUGGUACCUAGAAUGACCCUUUUUAUUUAAAAAAAAAUAAGUUUUAUUGAUAUCUAUUAAGUUCUGUUGCAAAUACCAGUUUUGCAGCAGAAAAUGUAUUAUUAAAUUUAGUUAUUCACUAAAGAGAGACUUGUCAAGAAUUUGACACCAAAUUUGUUAAAUUGGAAUUAUAGUAGUAUUGGAGAAUUUUACUAAUUUAGUUAUUGUGGCCUUUAAAUUUGAAAUACACUUUGAAUUCCUGACAAAUCUCGCGUUAAUGGAUAACCAAGAUAAACUUCUUAAUAAUUUACAUUAGAAAAAUCACUAUAAAUGUGUUUUUGGUUACAUGCUCUGCUUGCAUGCACUACAAUGUUCAAAUCUUGCCAAGUUUUAGUUUAAACUAGAACUCCCAUCAUUAAUAACUCCCGGGCCACUACUAUAAAGAGGGUUUGUGUGCUGCUGUAACAGCAGAAUAAUAAAUAUAUUAUGUAGCUAUAUUAUUAAACUAUUAAUGUAAUCAUCUUGCAGUCUUAGUAAAUGACUUUUAAGAACGGAAGUGGAUUGUGAAUGGGGCUGCAUUUUUUAAAAUUUAUUUAUUUAUUUAUUUAUUUUUCUGUUUGUUUUUCUCAUAGUUGCCCCAAAGUCAAAUGUAGGCUGUUAUCUUUUGAUUACCACUUUAUCUUUAUCUGGGGCUGAUCCAUAUGUUAUACAAUGGAUGAACUAUUCAAUUACUUAACAUUAUUAACAUUAAUAACAUUAGAGCACACGGUUUAUGGAAAUGCUAAAUAGUUUAUAUAACGCUUAACCUGUUUUAAUUUAUUACCUAGACCUUUGUCAAGCUAGUAAAACAUGCCAUUAUUUUCUAAGCAAAGUGCUCUUUUAUUCAUGUCUUGUAUUAGAUUUCUACGUUUUAUGUCUGUCUGAGUAUGUGGCCACACAAACACGCGUAUACUGUGCAAUGUGAGCUGUUUAAUAAGAAACAAAAUCCUAAACAAAGUUAGAUUGAUAAACCAAACUACUCAAUAAAUGUAAAAAGCUUAUUUUUGGGUAUUAUUAAAAAUGCUUAAUGAUUAAUUCAGCAGUGGGUGGAAGGUCCACUGAAUCUUUCAUGUUAAAUAUUACUUGUGCCAAUGCAUGGGUUAAAGGUUUACUCCAAGCACCAUGACCACUUAAAUGUUUUCUAAUUUGUCAUGGUGCCUGGAGUCCUUUUGUGCAACAUUUUUGCCUAUAAAACACUGCACAGAGUGAGUUUAAUCCCUUUGCUGAUGUAAGUGUAACUCCACCUCAAGCGGCAUCAUUAUGCAGUCCGGAACAAAAGUUGCCGUCUUGUUCAUGUCAAUUCAGUGCAUAUUUCUAUGCACAGAAUUGUCAUUCAUUGUCUGAGAGCUAUCAACUGACUCUCUCAGCCUAUGGAUGGCAAAAGCGCCGGCCUCUGCAGCUCUACAAAAGCCAGAUCCAUACCACAGGAACUGAAAGAAGCCUUGGCAUCUGGUGGGAACCUUGGUAAGAGGGCAAACUAUUACCAGGAAAUUCAUCCAGGGUGCUCCUCGCAUCAUGACCAGUGGGCUUUAGUGAUGAUGAUGAUGAUGAUCCUUAAAGUAACCCUUUUAAACACUGAACACUUUCCCAUUGUGCAAUACAAUGUGACCUUGGUGAACUAUUAAUGUAAACAAUUGGGAAUCCCUUCCUAGUCUCUGUGAAUUUCUAUACUCAGAAAUUGUUCAUUGUCAGAUACUACACAGCAGGCAGACACGGUAUGUUUGCCUGGUAUGUGUGUAAUGUUGUUACAAUUCAGGAGGCAAAUGGAACACAGUGCAGCAUGACAUCACUGUAAGUGUGUCAGAUGUCCAUGUCAGUCACAUGGAUAUGACUGUCUGUGAUGUCAUGUGGAUAUGACACAGCCCUCGCUAAUAUAGGGAGUUAUUUCUAAAGAGCAGUUCAGGGACAGUCGCCAUGGAAACCAAUGACCUUUGCAAACUGUGUUGCUUACGUCUUAAAACUUUGCCAAGUACUGCUUUUUUAACGUAACCUCUGUUUGUGUCACACUGUAUAGCUUGUGGUGUGUGUACAAUUAACCCCUUAACGACGAGUGACGGACAAGGUCUGUCACUCAGGGGAUUGCCAUAACGACGAGUGACAGACCUCGUCCGUCACCCGUUAAAAUUAACCCCGGAUCACAGUCCAAAUAAAAAUUAACUCCUCUGCCAGUCGAUCACUGCCUACAGUGAUCAAAAUAAAGAUCAGUAUAAAGACAGUAUUAUACUGUUAUCUAAUUUUUAUUAACCCCUGAGGAUUAACUUUUUAUUUUUUAAUCCUCAGGGGUUCAAUUUAUUUAAUUUAAAUAUUUUAUAAUUAUAUAUUUUGCUAGCUGGGGUGGGUGGGAGUUAUGGGAAAAUGGGAAAUUUACUGUUAGUGCUGCUUACUGCUAGUUAGGGUUAACAGUAAAAAAAAAAAGCUUAGAAAAAUGUUAAAUCUGUAAAAAAAAAGUUUUAAGAAAGUUUAGGAAAGUUUUAAAAAAUUAAUAAGCAAAACAAAAGUUUAAAAACUAGUUUUAAAAAGUAAAAAAAGUUGUAAAAAGUAAAAAAACACAUCUAAAAACGCUCAUUACCACUACACUUGGAACAAACUAGAGAAGAAAUGACCACACGCUAAGGUUCAAAAUAUGCCUUUUGAAUUACCCCAGGGUGUAUGCUUUAAUAAAUAGUAUGUGUUUGUGGGGAAGUUUCAAUAACCAACCAUCUAAACUACUCCAAAUUGGAACAUGGACACAGCGUAAAACUUCAAAGUUAGAAAAAAACUGAAUGGCUGCGUCUCAAAUGCGCCCCUUCAGCAUCCACAUAUACCUGGCAAAGGUACAUACGGUGGUAUUGCUGUACUCAGACGACAUAGCUGAGCAACAUAUGAAGUAUUAUACAGUCGUAGCACACAUAAGGUUUGCAAAAUAUACUGUACAAACUCACUUUGUGUGUCAAAAAGGCAGAAAAAACACUUAUUACCACUACACUUGGUACAAGCUAGUGGAAAAAUGAUCCCACGCUAAGGUUCAAAAUAUGCCUUUUGAAAUACCCUGGGAUGUUUUCUUUAAGAAAUGGUAUGGCUUUAUGGGGUAUUUGGAUUAUAUAGCCUGGUAAAAUACUCUAUAAUGGGACAUGGGCACAGCAUAAAAAUGUAAAGUUUGAAAAAACUGGAAUGGCUGUGUCCCAAAUGUGCCCCUCCGAUGUCCACAUAUACCUGGCAAAGGUACAUACGGGGGUAUUGCUGUACUCAGCCGACAUAGCUGAGCAACAUAUGAAGUAUUAUACACUGGUAGCACACAUAAGGUUUGCAAAAUAUACUGUGCAAACUCACUUUGUACUACACUUGGUACAAGCUAGCGAAAAAAUGAUCCCACGCUAAGGUUCAAAAUAUACCUUUUGAAAUACCCUGGGGUGUUUAAGAAAUGGUAGGCCUUUGUGGGGUAGUUUGAAUAUAAACCCUGCUAAGAUGCUUGGAAAUUACCAUAGGCCCAGUGUCAAAAUUCAAAGUUCGGUAAAAACUGAUAUGGCUUGGUCUCCUAUAUGGCACUGUAGCUUCACGAAAUAGUGCCAAAGACAUACAAUGGGGGUGUCAUUUUACUCAGAAGACUUAGCUGAGCAUAAUUUGGGGGGUUUGAACUUAGUGGCACAUGUGAAAUAUACAAAAUGCCCAUCAAAAAUGCAAUCCUUAUGUAAAAAAAAAAUGCUUUUUUGAACAGUCAAACUGUUAUAAUACCCCAAAUGGAAGCAUAGGCUCAUUAAAUCUGUCUCUCAAAAUUCUACUGUGAAUACUGAAAAGAACAGGCCUCCUAUAUGGCACUGUAACUUCACGAAAUAGUGCCAAAGACAUACAAUGGGGGUGUCAUUUUACUCAGCAGAUGUAACUGAACACAAAAUAAAACUUUGUACAGGGAUAGCACACACCAACUUUACCAAAUACACAUGAGAAUUUCUUUGUUAUAAGUUUGUGUGCCAAAAACCAAAAAAACCCACACAAUUUUACUCCAAUAUUUAGCAGAGGUUGGCGGUGAAAUGGCUACGUAGAAAGUGUCAAAACAACCUUAGGUAAAUAGCCUGUGAUGUCUACUUUAUAUAAAUAUAUACUUUUGUGUGGCAAUUUAGUUUUCUUUUAUGGCUAUUAAGCUUACAAGACAAACAUACCAAAUUCUAAAAUCGUUCCACAUUAAAAGUUUAUUUUACUCCUUGUGCUUUGUGACCUGUAACUACCAAAAAAAAGCCUCCCAGACACAUUAUAUAUUCUGUAAAUCAGAACAACUAAAUGAAAUUAUUUUUAAUUACUUUCCUUAACCUGCACUAAUUAUGCACACAUUAUUAUUGCAAAAACUGUAAAAAAAACACAAAUUUUCAUUUUGUUUGCAUUUUUCUGUAUUUUUUUUUUAAUAAAAAAAUAAAAUAAAAUAAAUAUAUAUAUAUAUAUAUAUAUAUAUAUAUAUAUAUAUAGUGUGUGUUACAUCAAAUUAAAGCCCUUUCUGUCCUUUAAAAAAUGGUAUAUAAUAUGUGUCGGUGCAAUAAAUUAGUAAAAUGCAAAUUGCAGUUGAACGCAAACAGCAAAAAUUGAAAAAAAUGCUGUUGUCAUUAAGUGAAAGACAAGCUUCUGAAGCUCUGUCCUUAAGGGGUUAAAGCAUUCACUUAACACAAGGGGCAUGUGUAAAUUUAGGGAGGAUCUGUUUGCAUUUGUGCAAUGAAACUCCACUGUAAAAUGGAAAGGGCACACUAUGGAGAUGCGUCUGUUCUAGUUUGGAGCUAAGUGGUGUUGGUGGGAGUCUUUCAGCCUGCUUGAAUGAGGGCAGUGUUUAAUAUGAUGAGGGGGCACAGGGAAAGGUGUGUGUGUGUGUGCGCGCGCGCAGUUCAUUUGGUUGCUGUAUAUUGUUCGUUCAGACAUAGCUUGGGUUGAAUUUAGGAGGCUUAAAGGCUGCUGAGCUUUCCACAGCAAAUACUUUCUCCCAUUGGAGGGAGGGAGGGGGGGGGGAGGAGGAGGAGGAGUUCAUGCAUUUAUUUGUGUUUUAGUUGAACAGAUAGAUCCUGGAGUGAGAGAACAAGACAGAACCCGAUGUUCCAGAGACGUGAUGGGAGGGGAGGGAAAAAGGGAGGGGGUAGCAUCAUGAGGAGGAUUUGUGUAGUAAUGCCAGGUUCUGCAAACUGUACUGCAUUAACCCCUUCACUAGUGAGCUCUUUUCUGAAAAUAAAUAACCGUGUAGUUUGAUAUGCAGAUUUAUGGUUGGGUUUUUUUGAGUGGUGAUGAGAGAUGCCAAAAAUAUAAAUUUGUACACAUUAAGAUGGUGUGUUUUUUUUCCUGUAAUUUAUCCCUUGCAUUUUAGUUACAAGUACAAAAAUGUGUUGUCCGCCGACACAUUGCCUACUUUGCGUGACAUUUUUUAUUUUUUAAAGUCAUGCCCAUGCUGGUAAAUCUAAAACGCCAUGAUGGCGAACAUUGGGCAAUUGCUUUGAGGUUCUAAUGGGUUUUACCUUACCUUGCCUCCCUCACCCCACUGCAAUACCGUAAGAUCAGCACCUCCGUAUUCAUACGGUUUGUAUCUUAUUCCGUUGCUGCCUGGCAUUGAAUACACUGAAUUAUAGGAUGAAGACUAAUAUGCAUUGGGUGCCAAGAUGUGCCUUGAAUUCAAAAUGGAAAAAGCUGAAAUAAUAGCCAGCUUUUAGUUGGCAAUUAGCAUGUGCCAUUACUUCUAAAGUGACAGUUCCACUUUGUUUCCUAAAUUGCUCUGACAUGCUAAUAUACAAAGACAUGCCAUAUUCACUAUGCUUUUCCAGGACACACAUCACUUAUACAAAUUGAUGGACCGUAUAUGAAGGUGCUGCCCUGUAGUAUGUACAAAUUAAAGGUGCAGGUAGUAAAUCAGGUGAUCAAUCAUUCAGGAAUCCUACUGUGUAUACAUUGUAUAUACUGCCAAUACAUGUGCUGCUAAUGAAUAUGAUGAAAUUGUGCAUCCAGUAAAAUAUGGUGUAUAUGGCAAUCCUGAAUGAAUAGGAUUCAGAUUUUUAGUCAUUUAUCAUCUCUGUGUUCCUGAUAUAUGUUUCCACUACUGCUAUAGAUGUGGUUAAAAGCAUGCCACAUUGCCCCUUGCAACAGUAUUCAUCAUACUCUAUUUGAACACCAUUGCUACCCUCUUGUAUCCAUCUUCCCCUUUUGAUGUCUGUGAAUUACUCCCCCCACCUUGUAAUGUGGAAGUUGUGUGAUUAAUGUUUCCAUAAAACCUAUAAAUAAAUGUACGUUUUUUUUGGGGGGGGGGUUGGGGGCUUUGCAUAUGGCCUUAAAAUAAAUUUUGUCUUUCUGCUUUGUGUGCUGGCUAGUACAUUGAUUACUGGGAACAUAAUGUGCGUUACAGGGAAGUUCAGUCAGUUUCCCCCUCAUAUACUCAGAUUUUUGCAACCAUUUUUAGUUUAUCCGAGGACAUCAUGGCACCUGUCGCUUUAAUAUCUCAAUUCUGACGUCUUUUAAACUAACUGCCCUCUCUUUCUCCCACUCAGCAUGAUCUGCCUUUUCCGUCCCCUCCCCUGUUCAUUUCCUUCCUUCCUUCCUGCCCCCUAUGUGCUCUUUCUCUUCUGUGUCCCCCCUCUGACUGUAUAAAAAUUUAAUUCCUUAGUGUUGGCACCCCACUCUCAUCACCUCAAUUCAAUCAUGUGCUCUAAUCCCCCCGCUCCUCUUGAUAAAUUAUGUGCAUUGGUCAUUUGGUGAUGGUACAUGCACUUCUUACACUCAAUUUCUCUCUACAACAGCGAUGUCUAACCAUGAUACACAAUGUGCCAUGACGCUCAGGCAGUUUAAGGCUUAAUUCAUUCUCUGUUACUGAUGUUGUAUCUUAAUAAUUAAUGUUGGCUUUCGCUUUACACUCUGAAUUUCUUACCACUUGACAUUUUGAAUGAGCACUAUGCGUUAUAAUUCCCUUUUCUAGGGAAAACACUGGAGACAUUUUUAUAUGUGAAGGGCUAUUUGCCCCUGAAGUAAGUGUGACCUUGGCUGUUCCCAAUGACUACUGUGAAAGCCUGCCCUCUACAGUCCUGCCUUUCUUCUCCUAAGUGUGCACUUUCAGCUUUGCUCAUCUUGCAUAACCAUCACAUUAUAUGAUUAUAUACUGGUCUGGUUAUAUACCUGGAAUACAGCAGUAACUUUUAACUUGGUGGUUCUUGGAGAAUCAAGGCAAAUGUUUGUUUUCCUUCAACCACCAUUUCAGGAUCUUGUUUGAUCCUGCUAUAUGUACUGCACGUGCCUAGCUCACUAGUAGUGGAAAUUAUUUUACAGCUGGGUAACUAGAGCCCAAUCAUAUUCAGUUGCAUGAUAACGAUGGAAAAAGUAAAGCAGUGUGUGUGGGUGCAUGGUUGUCUUUUAAUGUCUCGUCUGUUUGGCAGUAGGUUAAUCAAGGGGUGUCUGUAACCAGCAUGAGAUGUGGGCAGAGUGCCAACUUCCACGUCCUGUGUACAGAAUGCAUCAAUCAUGUGACAUGGGGCAGGGCUAGGGGUAGAUAAGGCCAGUGUUAACCCUUACAGUGGAAUAAAUACAUCAAUGCAAAUUGUAUUCUGCACAACACCCAGGCCUGGUUAGUCAUCACUCGCAGGAGUAGCAACAUGGGCUGUAGGACCGGAUGGAGGUGCUGUGACAAAGCUGUGUUACUAGCGUGGGUGAUCAGUACUGGACUAGCAGGGUGCAAUUACUGAGAUGUGAAACCAGGUUACAUUCUGUAUCUUUUGUCUUCGCAGCCACUUAUACAAACAGUCACCUGCAAAUGAAUUCCAUGAACCCUCUGAAACCAUCACACCCGGGCACAGGGCACAGGUGAGAGAAUUUGACACUGCCUAUCCAUCAUUUUACCUGCUGUAUACAUAUACUAAAUUGUGCACAUACGCAUGCAUUCCUCAGUCUCAAAUCUUGUUGCUUAGAUUAGUUGUAUGGGAUUCCCAUACACACCCCUACCCUUUUCCUGUACACUGCUGCUUAUGUACAUCACUUUCUGCUUAAUCUAUAGGCAUACACACCAACAUCCCUCUCUACAUAAACUGGUUCUUCUGCUAUUUCUUCAUUCAUACUCUAUGGCUAGUGUUUGCUCUGUCCUGUGUCUGCUAUUUGUACACAUGCUUAAUGCUAUCUCUGCACAUGUAGCUAACUCCUGCUUCUGUCUUUUAACAGUGAUGGUUCAUUUGCAUACGAGUCUGUUCCUUGGCAACAAAGCACCAAUCAAGCAGGAGGAUCGCUCUCCGUGGUAACAACUGUCUGGGGUCUGAGCAACACAUCGCAGAGCCAGGUAACUUGAUGUAAUUGGAGGUGGGAUCUGUAGAGCAGCACCGUCCCCUCCUCCCCCGGCAGAGACCUGUACUAGCAUCACAUUGUUUAACCCUCUCAUCACCUGUAGAGCUUCAUGCAUUAUUUUACCUGUCAGCCUGCAAUAUUCGAUUAACAGCCAGCUGCAAGAAAGCUUCAUGUGAGAAGAUGUAAACCAUUUUUCUACCUUGACAUUUUUCCUAGCAGGUCUUUGGGAAUCCCAUGAUGCCCAGCGGUGGCCCCACUGGGGGGGGAGUCAUGCCAGGAUUGGCAGGCAAUGCUGGAGGAAUGGGGAGCCCUCAGUUUAUCGGCCAGCAGGGGUACCCAGAAGGAGGAGCCGGAAAAGGCUAUAUGCAGCAAAAUGUUUAUGGACGAGGUGGAUACCCAGGAGGCAAUGCAUAUGCUAACAGGUAAAUAAACAGUGUUUUCGAUGUAGCAUAUUUAGUUUUUGUGUACAAAAAUGGGGAGGGCAUAUUUUAAAAUCUUACAAGAGUGUAUAUAUGAAAUGCUGCCAUUAAUGUGAAACUCCACUGCUGAAACAGUUAUGAUUUAUUAUGCAGAAAAAAAAAAUCUAAAUAAAAGUACUAUUUAUUAUUUGAAUAGAUGUGUUAGUGUGUAAAUGUUUACAAUCAAUCUUGAUUUUACUUAUGGAAUUUUUGGUCAGGGUUGACAUUUGCUGUAGCAAGUCACAGGCUUGAUGCUUGCUUCACACAACAUAUACUUAAGUCAUUACACCUUUAUUAUUGAAGGUGACAUUUCUGUAGACUAUUAUAACAUCCAUCCUCUACACCGCUAUUUUAACUUGUAUUUCUGGUUACCACACACAACCUCUCUUUCUCUCUCUCUCGCCUGAUCAAAGUUUUGCAAGAUUACAGUUCCUAACUUGCUGCUACUAUUAUACAUUCACUCUCUCUUCUGCUUCCUCCCAGCACCUUGCAACCUUAUUCAACAUUUUGGCACUAUUCUUUGCUACAUACUGAAUGGAACGAGCAUAUUUGCUUGAUGCAUUUUUGCAAUAUACUUUUUAAUACAUGCUCAGCUUUUCAUUGUUGGUUUUUAUAUUCCCCAUUAACAUACAGGAUGAUUUUGGUACCACAUAAAGUACAGUACACUGGUACCUUUUUGUUUAACUUCUUUCUAUUUGAAGAGUUAAACGUUACACAUUUUAAGAAGUUAACUGUUUUGCAUAAUAUAUAUAUUUUUUAAGUGUGAAUUAAUACACAUUUUGGCACCAUUCAUUCCUCUAAAAUUCCUUCUCUACUAUGAUUCUAAACUAAAUUGCAAAGAUCUGCUAGAAUAUCACGUCUUUUAAAGGGACACCUAAAGCACCAUAACCACUUUAGCUUAUUGUUGCGAUUAUGAUUCUGGGAGGUUAUGGAUAGUAUAUUACCUGUGGUUUUUGUCAAAAUGUUUUCAAACACUUGGAUAAAAAUACUGAUUUCCCUUGUACACUAAGCCCACCUCUAUGGUGGAGAUGUCAUAAUGAAGAAACUCAGAUUUGUGUCCAUGCAAAUAUAGUAUACUUUGAAGGUUAGCAUUGAGACGAUCUGAGCUUCUGGACGCUUUUGGCACUGCAAGAUGUGAGGUGUGUCAGUUUGGUGCCAAUUAUAGGUUUUUCAGUGAUCCGCUCAGAGACCAGACAGACAAUGCUUGCAAUCUCUCACUGCACAGCAGGCUCACUCUGUAGAUUUGACCAAUAGUAAACGUCCAUAGUGUUUGGCAGGGGAGCAUGGCCACUAUUAAUACCACCAUUGUUGGGCAGCAUUUUUCAAUAGAUAGUGACCAUCCUUAUUAUGAUGUUGCCAUAAUAAUAUCCAUAUAAUUACUGUGCUAUUUAUUCAUGUUUACAGAAAUGCUAAGUAUUGUAGGUGGAUAUCAAAGGUAAAACGAUUGCAGUGAGGAAAAGUAUUCUGCAGCUAGUGUCUUCUUUUACAAUUGUCAAGUUGUGUUCGUGUUGCUCAGGCUUGGUACAAUUUUUCUUUUUUUCUUUCUUUUUCCUUUCCAGUUAUCCUGGGGGACCAACCGCUUCUGGUGGGAUGGGAAUGGCACAAAAUCCUGGCCGCGGGCCAGCAGAUUUUACACAAGCAGCAGCGGCAGCAGCUGUAGCGGCGGCUACAGCAACAGCAACCGCUACUGCAACUGUGGCCGCCCUGCAGGAGAAGCAAAGCCAGGAGCUCAACCAAUAUGGAGCGGUAAAGACUUGCUCUACAAACUACACCCUGUUCAUGGCUGAAAAGCGUUUUUUUUUUGUUUUUUUUUUUUACCCUCCCCUCCUCUUUUUUUAUUUUUAACUACUAAUCCUACAAUUCUGUCCAUUAACUCUAGCAGUAUGCUUAUACUUUUGCAUUACACAUUAAUGGAUUUAUUUCCACUCCUGUCUUAAUUUCUUGGAGCCCAUUCGUAUCUCUGGUAUUAUCCUGAUAGUUAUUUUCUGUUUUUCAUUACAGGUUGGGCCUUCUCAUGGUUAUGCAGGCCAGUUCCUGCCCCAUGCAGGUCCAAGAGGGCCCUCUAUUCAGAGUGGAAUGACUUCUGGUGGGCUAGGGUCUGUGAUGGGCAACUCUGGCAUGUCCCAGAUGGGAAUGAGCUCCGCAAGGGCUCCUGGAAUGAGCCCUGUGUAUACUGGGCAACGUAUACCACCCCAUGGCUACCCUGGGCAACUGCAGGGUCAGCAGAUGCCCCGGCAGGGAGUAAAAAGGACAUACUCCAAUGAGGUGAGAAUGUAAACUUGGUGAAAUGUAUAGCAAACUGUGACUGUCAGGUUGACUUGUAAUGGUUAGUAAAAUAAUUUAUUGUUCAAUUUUAGUGCCUCAGAUUGUAAUUUUACAUGUAAAGUGUGUGUAUGUAUGUACGUACAUGUACAUACAUGCAUUUGGUUAUGUCUGGGUGCAAUAUCACAUUGCAGGGGGCGGGGCCGGGCUGCCGGGCCGACCAGACGCAUUAUGCAGGGGCUCCAGCAUUACCGGAGCAAAAAGGCACAAAAAGCCGCCCCAGACCGCUAAGAAGUCGGAUAACCCGACAAUAAUUAACAGGGAGCAACCUCAGCGCAUCGUAGACGCUGGCACAAGGCACAACACAAGCCAGACGGGCAAUGGAGGGCGAGCCCGGCCUACACGCGGCAGAGCACCUGACCGCGGUCACAACACGCGGCUUGAAACCACAGAGAGCCGCGGACCCGAAACACAUAAGCGGGAGAGAAGCCGCACAGAUGGUCCCUUCUGCACCCCCGGCCCGGGGCACGGCCCUGCCCCCCCCCCCCGGCCGGUGGGGGUUAUCCCGGCCACAUGGCGGUGACCCAUGCCACGGCAGGAGUUCCUGCGUGGGGUGUGCGAUGCCCGCCUACACUGGCAAAAGCUGUAUGUGAAGCAGCAAGCCAGCAGCAAUUGUCAAUUACACGGAGGGAGAGCCCGAGGAGGGAAGCACACAGACCCCGGCAUGGAGAGGUCUGCCUACCUUUAUGUGGAGACCCUUGUAUGCGGGGCCCUGACGGCAGGCGGCCCACGGACGGACACCCCGGAUGGCCGGCCCCCUGGUAACGAUACUGGACCAUGCAUCUGGGUUUAUGGGGGGCCCAGAGAAGGAUGUCCCUAGCGCAGUGAGCCCUGUGGGGCUAGAGGGCACUAAACCCCUCCGGUAAACCGGUGGCCGUGAGGGGGGAGGUGCACUGGCUCUAAGUGUGUGGCCUGUGCUGGGUGAGACUCGUGGGUCCAGGUGUUACCUGGCAGCGCGAGCGAUGCUGGGGAGGUGCAGGGGACAGCGGGUGCUGGGAUCUUUGGUGGGGGGGUCUCAUGGACUGGCCUAGACCCCGAGUGCCCACGGCAUCGCGGAGCGCUCCGCGGGGGAACGAGUCAUGGGGGAGGACAGAUGGAGGACCAGCGCCCUAAAGGACCUCGACCCGGUAUGCUGAUAGCUUGUUAUAGUUCAGCUCAACAAGCACCGCUGACAAUUUCGGGACUAUUCUUAUAAACAAGCCCACGUGCAAUUUCGGACUUUUGAGAAGUGCCUCAACUAAGCUUCGAUUUGCAUAAAGUUUACCAUAUUCAUGUUCUCAGUUAAUGCCAUUUUAAUGCGAGUUUUUAUGGAUAGCCCGCAUUUGUGUUUUCACAGCUGCACGCAAAAUCUAUAUGUUUUGGGUUUUUUUUUUGUUUUUUUUCUCUUCCCUUUCAGUUUGUAUCUAUUUCGUUUAUAGGAUGCUGUAUUAUUGCUUAAUACCUGGCUCUAAUUAGCAAGCUGAUUAAUUUGCCUCUGCACAGGAGACAAUUUGCUUUUACCAAUUGGCAAACACGCAGUAUUAGCACACGCCAGUUAACAUAAAACACUCACUUAACGCUAUAAUAGAACUAAAAAUGACAACACAAUACAUAAGAAUAUAAAACACAAAGCAAUCAUCAGUGAACAAAAAACACAGGUUAGGACAAACCUGCUUCUACGCAGGCAACCAAACAUGUAUGCAGUGUUAAACCAAUGCUUCAGCCCCUGCGUGGGCAAUCACUUGCUUAAUUGCUAGCCAAUUUGACGUAUGACUUUAGAAUGUGCACACAAGGAAGAAAGGGGAAGAGAGGGAAAAAGGAAAGAAAUAUAUAUAUAUAUAUAUAUAUAUAUAUAUAUCCAAAACAAAAACCGACUAACACACAGCAACCACACAAACCAGCUACCACGAGGCAAUCUCACAAACCACCUAACAAAAAGCAUCUACACAAACCAGCUAACACAGGGCAAUUACCCAAACCAGCUAACACAAAGCAACUAUACAACCCAGCUAACACGAGGCAACUACACAAACCAGCGGACAAAAGACAACUACACAAACCCAAACCACACUAGGUUCUACCCGCCCAGACAACAUGUCAUUAAGUUCGCAGAGUACACACCUAUAUAAUUAAAAUGCCUGCACCUGAUCAGUUUACCUGUUUCAAUAGAUACGCCUCUGCGUAGGCGACCAUACGCUUUUACGGCAAUUUGUUUGAUAUACGUGUCUACAUUGUGCGGUCAAUAAAAAACUAUUUAAAACAAUAUCACAUUGCAUAUGUAAUAUAGGAUAAAUAGGUUGCACUUUGUCUUUAUUGAGUCAAUCUGUGUACAAUACACCUACAAGUGCUACCUAUUGUAUCCUAUUGAUGUGUAUGUAUGUCUCAAAUUUCCACUAGCCAUUGGUGGGCUGCUAACUUUUACAACUUGAAAAAUAAAUCUGUUUUAAUUUCAAUUAUGUCAUGUUUGUACAGAGAUGAGAUUUGAGCAUGCUUUAGUAAUCUAUGAAGUCUAACAUGCAUGCGCACGAUUUUCCCCCACACAUGGUAUGACUAGUGCCCUCGUGUGAACUCCCGGAAUUAAGAUUAAUGAACAAGUGUAAAGUAGUAUUGGUUCAUGCUGUGUGCUGGCCCCUAAAAUACAUAGAAUAAUUUUUGUUUUGAACAUUUUUCCCUUUUGCUGUUACAAUGACUAAUCUUGUAAAAGUAACCAUUCACAUUCCUAAAUAACUAGUGUAACAAUAGUGCUCAUGUUUGUAGUGUAAUAAAAAAAUGGGAAAUAUACCCCUGUAUUUGCAAAUGGCGUAAAAAUAUGUGCACUUAUGAUAUUAUAUGCAGUGCCUCACUUAUUGCAAUGUCUGCUAUAUUGAAGCUGAUAUCAUAUCUUUCUGGCUAAUGUAUCAAAGUGAACCUCAAAAUAGCUGAAUUAGAAGAAUUCUGAGUCGGUUCUUUCUUAAGUUUAACUAUUUUUACCUUGCUUUUGAAAUUCACUUUGAAUUCCCAGCAGGUUCUCUCUUUAGUAAAUAAUCUAGAAUGACAGUGCAAAGGGUGACAAAUUAAUUACAGGAGGACAGAGCGCAUUACAGGAUAGUUGGUGAAGGCAAAUAAAGUUUCUGUAGCUUCAUUCGAUUUCAGGUUGACAAAAAGCUGGUAGCGAAUAGCUGGUUUAUUCAGUAUGGAAGAAGUUAAUGUAAGGUCUAUAGAUACCCAAGUUUGGCAGCCUUUCUUUUAUCAUUGUUCCUUUCUAAAUUCCAUAUGUACCAUCUUGCUUAUUUUCCUUUAGGGAUAUACAGCCCAACAGUACAUCCAGAGUGGGCAGUACCCACCUCACGCAGGACAAUAUGCUCCAAGUACACCUCAGCAAUCUGCCCCAUCACCUUCCUACCCUGGGCAUCGUGUACAACAAAGCAUGUCGCAGUACCUGCCUCAGUCUGGUUCAGGGGGACAUUUUUACAAAGUAAGAGCUGUAGGCCUGUCUUAAUUUUUUCAUUUUGUUGCGUCUCAUGAUGCUUUAGUUUACCUAAUCUGUUUUAAAAAUAGAAACUGCAGAUUAUUUUCACUUUCUCUUUUCAACUGUUUUUGCUUUUUAUACUGUUUUAACUUUUGUUUGUUUUGUUCAAUGUUCAUAAUGCUGUUUUGAUGUGAGGUCACAACAGUCUCAUGCACCUUUUGUAUGCUUUUCAAUGCGAUCAUGCAAUACGUUGCAUGAUCUCUACUUUCCUGGAUAUUUCCUCUUGAGAAAACUUAAUGUCACUGGUUAUUUUCACUUUGCUUUAUAUAUUGACUAUUAUUAUUAUUAUUAUUUGGUAUUUAUAUAGUGCCAGCAUAUUCCGUCGCGCUUUACAAUAUUAUGAAAGGGGGAGAUUUAACAAUAAAUAAGACUAUUACAAAAACUUACAGGAACAAUAGGUUUAAGAGGGCACAUAAGCUUUCCUAAAGAUUGGUUUUGGGACACUUUUUUUAAAUGAUUGAAGACUAGGGGAGAGCUUGAUGGUCAUAGGCAGGCUAUUUCAAAGGAAAGGAGUCGCCCGCGAGAAGUCCUGCAAGCUUGAGUUGGCUGUACGGGUGCGAGCAGCAGACAGGAGAAGGUCAUGGAAGAGCGGAGAGACUGAGAAGGGGCAUACCUGCAGAUUGGUGACAAAAUAUAGGAGGGGCUACAAUUGUUCAGUGCCUUAUAGGUGUGGAUUAAUACCUUGUGACUCCUGUAGGAUACAGGAAGCCAAUGUAAAAACAAAGAGAGCCCCCCGAGGCUCUCCCUUGCCGGCUAAUGCAGGGCUGGCACUGUCCAGGCGCCGGCCCUGCAGUGUGCCUUCACGGACCGGGGGGGAGAUCAGAGAUCUCACUCCCCGGUCCGCAGGCACGAUGCGGGCAGUCACCAGGGGAGGGAGGCAAUGAGGACUCGGGAGCUCAGCCUGCAGCUCCUCUGCGUCCUUCUCUCACGAGCACAGAGCACGGCAACACUCCGGAUCUCGCGAGCGUGAACUCUAGUCCUGGAUCUACGGGCUAAGUUCACUGUGACCACCAGGGAUCGAGAAGUGUCCCUGAAAUGGACAUAAAUUUUUUUUAAAUUUUUUUUUAAAUAUAAAAAAGCCUUCCUAGCUUCCUCACCACAAAUUCUCCCUCCCCUCCCUCCCCCCCCCACCAUAAACUCACACAUGGGCCCCCCCCAUACACUCACACAAACUCACACACUCACAUAUCCCAGCAGACCCCCAGGUAAUUUGUCAAACUGUUCUUAAACAGUCCCGGCACUCCAGGCAUCAUAACCACUACGCAGAACUGUAGUGGUUAUUGUGAAUGGAUUAUUUCUUUAACAAUCUACAAAUGCCCCUCCCGAGAUCAGGCUCUGUUUCUGCCACUGGUCUAGCUGCAGCAUUCGUUACAGACUGGAGCGGGGCAAUACGACUUGUGGGAAGACCUAUUAGGAGAGCGUUACAAUAAUCCAUGCGAGAGAUUACUAGAGCAUCUACAAGCUUCUUAGUAGCAUCCUGUGUAAGAAAGUGGUGUAUGCGGGCUAUGUUUUUAAGGUGGGAUCUACAUACUUGAUUCUGGCCUCACAUCCAGUCUAACGCCAAGACAGCAUGCUUGCAAGGAUGGACUUAUGUGGGUACCACUCACUUGAAGGGAGAGCGAAAAAGGAGGAUCUGUAUUAGGAGCAGGAAAGACCAGGAGUUCAGUUUUAGAGAGACUGAGUUUCAAAAAGCAGGAGGACACCCAAUUAGAGCUGGAAGAAAGGCAAGCUGUGACACGUUGCAGGACGGCAGGGGAGAGGUUCGGGGAGGAGAGAUAUAUCUGAGUGUCAUCAUCGUACAGAUGGUAUUAGAAUCCAAAUGAGGUAAUAAGUUUGCCAAGAGAGUCUGUAUAAAAAGAAAAUAGAAGGGGACCAAGUACAGUGUCUUGGGGGACUCCAACAGAGACAGGACGAAGGGAGGAAGUAUCCUUAGAAAAGGAGACUGAAUGAGUGUUGAGAGAGAGAGAGAGAGAGAGAAGGAAAACCAAGAGAGGACUGUGUCACAGAGACAGUGAUUGAAGAGUUUGAAGAAGGAGAGCAUGAUCAACGGUGUCAAAGGCAGCAGAGAGGUCAGAAGGAAUUAGUAUAGAGUAGUGCCCUUUGGAUGUAGCUGUGAUUAGGUUGUUAGUAACUUUAAUAAGAGCAGUCUUAGUAGAGUGGAGGGGGCUGAAAACGUACUUAAGAGUGUCAAGAAGAGAGUUGAAAUUAAGGAAACAAGUCAGACGGGUAAAGACUAGAUCUGUGCCACAUUAUGUUAAUCGGGCCAUGCAGUGGGUGGUUUAUGCCAUGUCCUGUUAAUACGGUCUGUUACAGAAGUAAGCAGCCUGACUUCACUAACUGUGCAUAAUUUGCUCAGUUUUUAGCUGUGAACAAUUAAGGUUUUUCAGGACUUAGCAGCUUGAAAACAUCUCAUGAGGUAUUUGAAUUUAAACUGGUUAAUUCGGAUUGAAACCACAAAGCCACCUGGUCAUCUAAGGGAGUAUUGAACAGCGAGGGACAGAAUGUUCUGUUACGUUUCCUGAUUUGAAUGUAAGAUUACAUAACUGUUAUUUUACAUCUAUUUUUAGCUUUUGCAUAGUAAGACAGGGGACCAAGUUGUAGUGUUUUUAGGUCUAGCAAAGUAAACACUGGCAUAAGAAAUACUAAAUGCUUCACCUCUAAGGGAACAUUGCCAUUCUGUGCUGCUGUCUGGCUAUGCUGGCAUGUUACAUCUUGCCAUUCUGUGCAGUGCACAUAUUGAUAUAAACCUGACUUCUACAGUGAAUUAGCGUAAACACAUUUCCUUUAAAAAGAUCUUGCUUCUUUUGGGGACAGACUCUUGUCUGUAUGCACUGCCAGUGAUGGCAAAUAAACCAUCUUGACUUGGUGUAAGAAUGCCAAAGAUCACUUAAAAGUCUCUGUGCCCACCAUUGGUAUUUUGAAUACCAGCAUGGCUCAGGGCAAGUUGUAUUAGAGGUGAGAAAGCAGGAUUACUGGAUACAGUGGGUUCAGGUACCCCAAUUCUUCUGUAAUUGUUGACAUCCACUUUACAAAAGGAAGAAAAGAUCUAGGUUAAACUAUUAUUACAUUAAUAAUAACUAUUCUCUAGCUAUUCUCCUAUUCACCAAGACUUAUCUGGGUGUCUAGACUGGGAGUCCUUUUGUGCAGGAGUAUGCAGCAUGCAGCCAUUCUCUGUGCAAUAUCCAUACACUUUCUUUCUGAUGCCCUUUUUGUACAUAAAGGCCACACUAACCAGUAGUUACAUUUAGGUGAGGUUGAAUGUGGAAAUCUAAUUAUGGCAUUGGAAUAGUAAGUUUUUUUUUUUAAAUUAUUUUUAUGCCCUCUUUCAAAUUUUUAAAGGUACACAUAGUAAACCCAUUGUUUGUAUUAACUACCUAAUGAAUAGGCUUUAAGAUAAUAGGGCAUUUUUACAUAUUUUAAAAACAUCCAGUUCACAAAUCUGACAUCGACGUAGCUGAAAGCAUUCCCAGUGAUGUGGAUAUGGUCCAGAUAUUCUCAGACCAAUGUGACAUGAAUGUCUAGACUUAGAUAUUAUUUGAGUGAGGGGUUUUGGAAACCAGAGUCUGAGCCUUUAACAAAACAAAAAAAUAUGCUUACAGGUGAAAGAACGCUUUGUGCCCAAGAUCCCCAGGGAACUGCUCUUUAAAAUAUUCACAGCGGUACUUCAAGAAAUUGAUUCUAGUAAAUGUAUCUUUAGGGAAGAGAAAGGUCAAGGCAAGUUUCCAAGUAUUUUUCUGGUUCCCGAGUAACAUGGACAAUUCUCUGCCCUUGAAUAUGCAACAGUUACGUUUGCAUUAAGAGUACAUAACGAUAUACCCUGUCACUUUGAUCUUGGGGCAAGGAGAACACAUUUCAAGACCUCAUUUGUAAAAAGUCCUGAAUGUGUUACAGUAGGAGACAUACCUUGUACACACGAUGAGAUCACAGCACCUCAGUAUUGGGCUCUGUGAGAAAUGUCAAAGCAACAUCACACAGGUAGGAACACCGGUGGGAGAUCUACAAAAUUGUCAGUAAUAGAAAAUUUGGAUGAAGUUCAAAGUGUAGAGCAAUUGCUGGAUUUACAUGGUGAUUGCUUCUAUUUAAAAUGUUUGUCCUGGUUUAGCUUAGUUUCUAUAAUAAUAAUUCUUACCUGGUUAGAAUUGGAGCAAUGCUCUGUUAAAGAAAGUAAUGGCAACUAGAUACUUAUUAAAAACUGGUAUUACUAUUUUUUUUUUUUUUUUUUUAAAUAAAUCAAAUGUGACAUUGUAAUUUAAUGAAUUAAGUUGCAUCUACAAAAUGUACUGGCCAUCAGCUGCUUUGACACAUUAUCAUAUCUAUAUUCCUUGCACUACAGUCUUCAUGUCACUAUUUAGGCCAUGCAUAUGCGUGCGUGAAGUCAGGGUAUAAGAGCCGAGAAGUAACCAUUCUGGCUCUCAUUCCCAGAGGUCAGUCAGGACUGAAGGCACUAUAACAACUUUAAUAACAUAAAGUUGAUAUAGUACCUACAGCAAGCACGUCAAACUCAAAGGCUAGCAAGGGCCAAAUAAACAAGGUUUAAGUUUGUGGGCCGCAAAAAAAAUGUAAAUUUUCAACCCCUCUACUAAACUCCAGCCGCCAAACACAUAUAUACGUGUGUGUGUGUGUAUGUGUAUAUAUAUGUAUGUGUGUGUGUAUGUAUAUGUAUAUAUAUAUAUAUAUAUAUAUAUAUAUAUAUAUAUAUAUAUAUAUAAUUUUUUUAUUUUUUUUAAUUUUUUUUGCUUCAAGAAUUAAUUUGUCGUAAAAUCAUUCCUAUUACAAGCAGUUUAAAGAUUCUUGAAUAUGGAACACUAGUAAAGAGCUAAUAGAGUACUAGCUUUGAGUUUGUUGGGCUGAGGGGCUGCACUAUUAUCAACCAGUGCUCACUUUUGAUACAUGUAUCUUGUUUAAUAUGAUUUAAAGACAACCUGUUAUAACAUUUUUAUCUUUAUCAGACUACAGCUCCUGAAGCAAUAAAUAUAUAAUUUAUCACAAAGAUAAAUUCUAUAUUAUUUUUCUUUAGACGUUUUAGUACUCUUUCCCUCAAGUGUGCCAGCUCCACCAUAACAGAGGGGUUUCAGUUCCUAUUGUAUCCUGCCCCAUCCAGCCCUCCUCCAGUACACUAACAUGUUGGCUUCACUGCCGGCGCAUUUGUGUCCGAACAGAGUGACACCUGUAAGUCCAUUCUUUUAUAUCUCUAGCUAGCGAAAGAUGUGCUUGUAAGGAAAAAUCAUGGCAACUACCAUCCAUGAGCUGCAGUUUCUCUGACAGUGUGGUUAUAGUUUCUGGAGUUCACUGGCACUGUCCUUCCUUUUCAGCAUUAAACCAGUUUUAAUGUUUAAUGCAUAAGAGUCCUGAGCAGCCCAUUCCCUCUGUGCUGCUUGGGCUUACGAGGAAGCAUUCACCUGAGUAGCAAUAGGUGGCUGUGAUUGGCUGAGAGUGUCAGCUGACAUCAUUAAGCCUAUCACAGUGCUAGUGGUAUGAAUCGGUAUGGCUAAAAGGAAGUGUGUAUCUCCUGCCUUAGCUACACCCUCAUUCAUGGUUAAAUUGCUUAAUCGUUUUAAUGGUAAGAAAAUAAAUUCAGCACAGAGGGAAGAGCUUUGAAUGCCAUAAGGUGGUGGUAGGACCCUCAUAUUUUAUUCUUCAAAGUAGAUUAAUAUUGCAGUACUGCAUGUAAUAUAGCCUCUGUGUAUUUUCUAAUACAUACUUAACAUUAUAACAUCUUCCGACUCAACCUUGCCUCGUGGAAGGAACCAUUUUUAAUGGGAACAAUAAUUUCUCUGAACAUUACACCGUGAACAAAACAAAAAUAGUCCAGGGAUAGCCAGGGCAUAAAUUGCAAGUGAGGAGGAGAGAUAGGAUGCAGAGACUAGGAGAAAUCGGUAAAUCUUUCUAUCUCUGUUCUGAUUGCAACAUAAAACAGAGGCUCCCAGUUGCAGGAUAAAUAGGUGUGCAUUUGUACAUUUAAACUUGUCUUCCACAGCUCAAAAAUAUGUUUGUUAGAUAUAGAAGGUGAAUAAAAAUGCUGGGAAUUGCAAUCCCCUUUAAAUUCUUCUUUAAAGAUAGACCACCAAGUUUGGUAGUCGAACCAUGUAAUUUGAACUACAAACAUCUCAUACAGUAUAAGAGCACAUAACACAAUAAGGUAGGGCUUUGGUGCUCUGAUAGGAUCUCCUCCACUGUCACUUUGCCAACAAGGUUCAAAGUGUGUGGUGGGGAGUGGAAGGUAGUAUAUUAUCAACGUACAAUGAAUGCAUAGUGGAUCAUCAUGGAGAUGCAUCCUGGAUGGAGGCCUCUGGAACUGGGUGAUUAGAUCACCUUUGUAUCAAAUGUUCUCUCCCUGCAGAACGUAUACUGAUUUUGUUGUUGUUCUUUUGCCGAUUGUGUUAUGUAUUAAAGAGCUGAUGGAAUUCUGGUAGUAACUCCUACCUGUGGCCCUCCGAGGGCAGCAAACCUCAGAGGGAUUCGUCGGGCUUAGAAUGAAGAAACUUAAUAGCGGUAGGAAUUCUGUUUUCAAAUGACCAUUUAUCUGUGCUGCAAAUGUGGUAGCCUCAUUAAACAGGUAGUGAAGUUAUUUAUUGUUUGGAAAGGUCAUAUUGUUGUGUUUCUGGAUAGGGAGAGCCUAAAUGUUAGGCCACAAUCUGCAAAAUUAGUUGGAGACCCAAAACUGAAGUGUGUGUUUGUUUUGUUUUUUUUUUUUGUUUUUUUGUUUUUUGGAUGGAUGUGUUCUGAACAGUAAUUAAGUGAGUGGACUCUACCAGACCAUAUGAACAGCCAGAUUUCAGGAGAGAACUCGGGAACUCUGUCCGUUGCAACGGCCACAUUAUAUUGAUGCCAUCACUGGAAUAAAAUAUGGUGUGCAUGGGUCACUGACCAUCCACUUUCUAAUGUAUAUCAGGCUGUUGCCAGUGUCCCAAACAGAUAAACCAACUGCUGUCUGUAGAAACCUCAGGAAAUACAGCCACUCACACAAAUCUCUUCACAAGUACUAAAUGACUGUGGCAAUGUUACACCGUCUAAUACAGUAACAUAUUAUUAUUUUUAUGUACUGUAGUUCCCCUUUGACAGCUAGCCAAGCUGAAAAAGGGCUGAACUGACACGGGAUUUAUUUUUUAAAUAGUAUUUAUUUAUUUUUAAAUAUUGGCUUAUAAUGUGAUCUUUCCUUUGGAUUGCACCUUGAUUCCCUAUUGAGUGAAUAAACAAUUAUAGUUUUUGAGUUCACAAAUAUCCCAAUUUUAUGAAACAUUGUCUUUAUCUCUUUGAGUCUUGCUUGAAACCGAUACACAAAGAUAGGGUUACUUCAUACUGUAGGGUUUGUUUACAAACCACUAAAUGGUAAUGGAUUGAAAUUCUUUAUGUGGAGAAAUAUAUAGCAUUUAACUCUUAAUCCAAAAAAUAUAUAACUUGCAUUUAUAUUUUGUGAACCUGUCAUACACAUAUGGUUGGAUAGGUGGGUCUAUAUUCAGUGUAUGCAGUGUUUAUUGAAAUCCCCUGCAGGUGUAUAGAUGAACAGAUGUACUUUUCCAAUUUCCUCUUCCUCCUCACACAUCAUAGAUUCCUGGAACUCACAGGAUGAAUAUCCCACAAUGCCUCGCUUGCGUUUCUUGCUAGGAAUUGUAGGAUGCUGCAUGUAGGUUGGAACCAUGGUGACUGUACAGCAAGGCCCAAGAAGGUCAAAAUGUGUAGCAAUUUGGAUGACACACUGUAUAGAAGUAAUGUCCUUUUCACUUUAAGUCCUACAGCUAUAUGUGAGCUGGCAGAGGCUAGGCUAUUAAGAUGGCUUUUUUGAUGGUGCAUUUUUUUGUUUAAUAUUUUAUUUUACUUACAGCAGUUGUAAAAGCUAAAAUGUAACUGACUCAUUGUUCAAAAUUUGUCAGAAUCAUGCUUUUAACAAUCUCCUGUAGGAAGAAUUUCAAAGAGAAUUCCCCAAGAGGUGCAAAUUGAUUGCAGGAAGACUGUGUCUUCAUUGUUAAUAAGCUGGUCAUGUUUCUCCACAAACCGGGUAGGGAUAACCUAAAUGACUAUCUUAUAGUUAAGGUAGAUGUUCUCCGUUUUAUUGUUUCAAUAAAUAAAUCUUGUCCAGUUUGCUUGUAAUGUUAUUGAACUGGAAAUUCAAGCUUAUGGAUGGGGUCAAGUAACAAACUUCAUUCAAAAUGAUUCUCCUACUGGCAGUCUGAUUUAUUUUCUUUCCUCAGCUCAAUGACCAGUACAGUGGACAAAGCAAUAACUACAAUGGAGGAAACUUUGCCUACAAUCAACCUAUGAGCGGGGUAAGAAGGACUCUGAAAGCAGCAGCUGAAUUAGGUCAGGAGAGGUAGUUAGGGGUUGGUAGUGCAAAAAGAAAACUAAAGCAUUGCCCUAGAAUUUUGGUUAGGGAUGAAUAGGGCUGUGUCAGAAUGGGCAUUGCUUUGCUGUGUAAACUAUAAAAACCCCGCUCUCUUAUCUAUUCCUGUCUCCAAUAGCCUGGCCGCUCAAUGCCUGGGUAUCCUAGCUCUCCGCUGCCUGGAAAUCCCACUCCUCCAAUGACACCCGGAAGCAGUGCUCCUCCUUACAUGUCUCCAAAUCAGGAUGUGAAGUCACCUUUUCUGCCAGAUGUCAAACCAGCACACAACACCUUGCACCCGUCCCCUACAGGUGAGUCUCACAUCAAGUUCUGGUGGCUGCCACAUUUUUUAAUGGUAUGAUUUGCCCAUAUCUUAUGUGUAUGUGUUAUACAGGGCUAUGAAAACAUAGACUUUAACUAGUAUUCCUGUGGCUUUUCCCACCAGGUGCCUCCAAUGAUGAGCUGCGUCUGACCUUUCCUGUUCGUGAUGGGAUUGUGCUGGAACCUUUCAGACUGCAGCAUAACCUGGCUGUUAGCAACCAUGUGUACCAUUUACGGGAGUCUGUGUACAAGACGCUUAUGAUGAGGUGUGUAUUGAUAUUGUCUAUAUCUUAAACUUGAAAAUGUGUGACUAUUGCUCUUUUGUGCCUUUAUUUUAUUCUUUAUUCUCCUGGUUUCAGGCCUGACCUGGAGCUUCAGUUCAAGUGUUAUCAUCAUGAAGAUCGGCAGAUGAACACUAACUGGCCUUGCUCUGUACAAGUGAGCGUGAACUCCACUCCACUGAGCAUAGAACGCGGGGACAACAAGACUUCUCACAAACCCCUAUACCUGAAAAACGUUUGCCAGCCAGGCAGGAACAGCAUUCAGAUUACUGUCAGUGCCUGCUGCUGUGUGAGUACCUUGCUCUUGAGAGUUUACACACAGGGAGAAGAGAAGGAAAGCGUUUAUAGUAGAGAAACUCAGUUGUCACAUAGAUCUGGAAAUUCAGGAAGCAUUCUUUUUGGCAGAAUAUGUGGAUGUCUAUUUUCUAAGAUAAUGCAUAGUUGGUCAUGUUUAGGGGAUGCCUGACCUAAUGUAAAGGCAAGGCUUGAGAUUUAUCCUUAAGAAUAAGUUACUGAGUUGCUUUAAGAGUGCUAUUUAUAGUACAAAAGCAAUGACUAAUGCUAAGUAUUCGUUAUAUUCAUCAUCGUGUUCCUUUUUUUCUGUUUUAGUCUCACCUGUUUGUGCUGCAGCUAGUACACCGACCAUCUGUCAGAUCUGUUCUCCAGGGACUGAUAAAGAAGAGACUACUCCCAGCGGAGCAUUGUAUCACUAAGAGUAAGAUACACAUUCUCUCCUCCUAACAAAUGCAAAUAAAUGGUAGUGUUUGGCACGUUUUCGCUUGCAUGUUUCAAUCAUACCUCCUUAUAGUCUGAUCAUUGUGGCUCUUGUCUCUCUUGCAGUUAAAAGGAAUUUUAGCAGUGGCAGCAUCCCAGGGACCCCCGGACCCAACGGUGAAGAUGGAGUAGAACAGACAGCUAUCAAAGUGUCCCUUAAAUGUCCGAUUACCUUCCGAAGGAUCCAGCUUCCUGCUCGGGGACAUGAUUGUCGGCAUAUCCAGGUAACAAAUGGGCAAAAAAAAUGAACAUGUCAAGGGUGUAAAAACCAUAGCAUAUCUGGGUGUUUUUAUAUGUUUAAUUGUAAUAAGGGUGCUAAAAAUAACAGUUCAGUUUUGCCACUCACUUGUUCUCUAUAUUUUUGCUUUUAAUUACCUCAUUUAACUGUGCGAUUCCUACAUUUCUACCUAUACACAUAUUUAGUCUAGCUAUCGAAGUCUCUCAAUUUGUAUAUGAAAGGUGUCAUAUUUUUUAAAAUUCUCUGCAGCAAAUCGCUGUUCAUUUGUUGUUUUACAGUCUUAUUACUAUUUAGUAAGGCAUGAGUUCUUUUAAUUUCCUAAAUAUCAUAAAAAAUAUCCAGUUGUCUUUUGGGUUUGAAAAGUGGUCAUAUGCCCUCUAAGAGACUAAAUUAGGAAGCAUUUUUAUGCUUUCUGAGCUAAAAAUAUAUAUUGGCACUUCUGAAAGGUCAUUUUUGAUAGACUGUAUAUUUUAUUCCGAAUUGAUUUUAAAAUAUGGGUUUCCUUACAUAUUUCACAUUGUAUCUGGUAUUCCAGUCUGAUUCUCACAGAUUUGAGUCAAUCUGUAACCUUCCACAGAAAGUUUCUGAGCAGACAUCCUUAUUGUCUCACUCAUGCUCACUAACUUCUCAUAGGGAAUAACUACCACAUACACACUGCCAUGAGCAGUAUUUUCAUUUUAAAAGGAUGUGAUGUAAAAUUGAAUGGAAGCUCUGAGAUCACUGUAACGUGUAAAUUAUUUCAUCACAUGCUUUAAAGGGACAUCAUAGUCUCCAGAACAACUACAGCUUAUUGUAUUUACUCUGGUUGAUAGAAUCAUUCCCUGUAGGCUUUUUGUGGUAAACACUGUCUUUUCAGAGAAAAUGCAGUGUUUACCUUACAGCCUAGUGAUGAUAACAUUGGGCACUCCUUUGAUGGCUGUUAGAGGUGCUUCCGAUGGAGGUGCUGCACUGUGUGACUGCCAUUCAGUGUCUCCAACCCCUGCAUGGAGACACUGAACGUUCCUCAUAGAGAUGCAUUGAUUCAAUGCAUCUCUAUGAGAAGAUGCUGACUGACCAGGUCUGUGUUUGACUUGUGCUGGAUCUGCCUCCUUGACAGUCUCAGCCAAAUCUAUGGGGAAGCAUUGUGUGUGGCUCAGACCACCACUUCUGAUGAUGAUGACAGCAGGCAGAUGCAGCAGCUGCAGACUUGAAUACAAGUAAAUUUUACUAUAUUUAGACAGGAAAGGGGGGACAGGUGGAUUUAAUACUACAGGGUCAGGAAUACAUGUUUGUCUUACUGACCGUAUAGUGUUCCUUUUAAUAUGCAUCAAAGUUGUAUGGAUGCCUUGAAAGUUCCUCUUAAAUUGUUACUCCCUUUUGAACAUGACCUGGACAUCAGAUGAUUUACUACACGACAAAAUGCCUCACUUGAUGAUAACCAUAAGUUGACCAGUUCAGAAAACACCCAGCCAAUAAGACAUAGAAUCAUAUUCAAAUAUUUUUAUUGAAGAUUUUUCAAACAACAAUGUAAACAUUUACACAAUAAGAUAUAAUAAUAUUUUUUACAGAAAAUAUAUAAAACAGGAUAAACUCUAUAAGUACAAUCAUCCAGUGGGAUACGAGUAAUAACGUAUCAUUUUAUAUACAUUAUUAUAUACAACAUAUUAGCAAUCAUCCGGUCAGGAACGAACUAUGAAAUAGGAUCAUAAUGUUUUCUUCCCAUAAAAGCCACUCUUGUUUCAAAAUUUUAGUUUUAUGUAUUUUAUGACCUCAUUUAUGUGUGGUGAUUUAAUAGUUUUCCAGUGUCAGGUGAUAAUUGUCGUUGCAGAAAUUAGAAUAUGGAUGGCAUAGUAUCAUUUUAUUUUAUAUAUAUAUAUAUAUAUAUUUUUUUUUUUAAAAUAUGUUUAUUCAGUUAAUUGGAGAGUCAGCAGAUAGAACAGUUUGAAGACUCGCAGGUCUAGGUAUGCAUACAUUGUAAGUGUAACAGGGGUAGGCAAAACAAACAAACAAACAAACAAAAAAUUUAAAUAAUUAAAUAGAUCCACCACCUACCAAGCUUGCAGGCCUAUGAGUCAGCUUGUUUUACGAAAUGAGUGGACACGCAGGUCCGCAAUGACUAUCCAAGGUGUAUAUCUAGUUACUCUUACCCCAUAGUGAGAGACAAGCAUAUCCAAUUCUUGUAUGACAGUACAGUUCUAUGUGUAACAAUUACGGACGGGAGCUUUGUUUCAUUUAUAACAGGUACUCACUACUCAGAGCACUGGUAUUCCCUUGAUUGUUACCUAUGGCUGAGCUCGUGUAGCGUUCGGGAGUCCCUUCACCCAGUUGUGGUAGCCAGAUACUCGUGCAUUUUAUAAUACUUUGGUAAAUUUAUGGGGAUUUGCUUGAAGAGACAAAGCUCUGGUGUCAAAUUAUCAAUUGAAUUGUCAACAGUUUAAAUUCAUUUAUGUAUCGAAUUCCAAUAAGGUCUAAUUUUAGGGCACAACACAACAUGUGACUCAAAUAUCCCCUUUCUCCACACCCCAGCAUGUAUUUGUAUGUGAUGAAUUCAAUUUGUGUAAUUUGGAGGAGGUGAGGUACCAACGGUAUAACAUUUUAUAAUGGGAAUCUAAAUGUGCCACACACUGUGUAAUACCCCUCAGUGCAUUUACAAAGUUAAUCCAUUCUGUGAUGUUAAAUGUUUUACCCAGUUAUCCCUCCCAUUUUUUUAAUUGAAUUACAUUUUUUAUUUUGUUCCUCAGCCAAAUGAGUGUAGCAUAUAGAAAUGGCUCUUUUCCGAACAGGAUCCGAAUAGUAUAUAUAUUUUUAUAUCAUUUUACUUUACCUUGGUUCGGUUCCUGUCCUGAAAGGCCACAAUUAACAAUAAUAAGAUGAAUUAUUUUGUUGUAUAUUAUUUUAUCAGAAAUAUUCAAAUUAAAUUUGUUUUUCAUUUGGUCAAAUUUGCUAAUUUUGUUUAUUUUAUGUAUGUGAUGUCCAGUAAUCUAAAUCUAAGUCGGGGAUGUCAUAAAUUUAAAACUGAUAAUGGAGUUGCCCUAGACCAAAUUGCAAAGGGUUUAAACAUUUUUAUAUAAUAUGUUGCAUGAUUUUAUAGUAUAUUUGGUGGAUGGGAACAUAUUUAUGUAACGUAGUCGUCAAGAUGGAGGAAGCCAUACUAUUUCUUUAAUAAGAUGUGGGAACAUUUUUGUUGUCUCCAUCUCUAACCAUUGGGGCUGUCCAGUAUCUAAAUUAAAUUUUAACGCAGCAGUUUUGUUGGUAGCAUGAUAGUAAUGAGCAAAGUCUGGCAAACCCAUACCCCCGCAUACCCUAGGUUUUUGCAAUACAAAUAACUUGGUUCUUGCCGGUUUCCUAUUCCAAAUAAAUGUCAAAAGGGUAGAGUGAACUUUUCUAAAAAAUGAUAGAGGAAUAUUAAGGGGUAUGGCUCUAAUAUAAUAUUUUUGGAAAGCUAGACUUUUCUUAAGCUAUUUUCAUGCAUCCUAGCCAGGUUUUUGCACAAAUUAACACCUAAAUAGGAAAUGUAAGAGUCUCUCCCAUCAAAGUCAAACUGAUAGAAAUUAAGGGUGUAAUUAGGGACAUAGGUUUUUUUUAUUUAUUUUUUUUGAUAACAUGUCAUCUGCAAAUAGACCAAUUUUAUGAAUUUUUUUCUCUAACCGCAAUCGCCUCUAUCUCUAUACAGUUUCUAAUCCUUUCAGCCAAGGGCUCAACUGGUAACAGAAAUAAUAGUGGUGAAAAUGGACAGACCUUAUAGAUUCUAUUACACAAUUACAAGAUUAGAAUGUAGAACAUUGAAGUAAAAUAAAAAAGGGAAAAAUAUAUGCUUUUGGAACAUAGAUUGGACAUGAAAUGUCUUGCCACUAAAGAAAGCUGCUUGCAUGGUAAGAGAUUGCUAGCUUUGGUUUCUUGCUGCUGAGAACAAAAGGGACCUUACGUUUUAUAUGAAACUGAUUGGCAUCUUAUAGAGGGGAAUCUACUAGUAGUAGUUCUGAAUUCAUCACAAUUAAAAACUGUGAUUCUAGAGCAGGCAUAGGCAACCUUUGGCACUCCAGAUGUUUUGGACUACACCUCCAUUUUUGCUCUACCAGCAUUAUGCGUGUAAGAGCAUUAAGGGGGAUGUAGUCCACAUCUAGAGUGCUGAAGGUUGCUGCUUAGCUUGUUCAUUAAGCAAGGCAGUUGUUCUCUGCUGGGCAGGAGUAAGGGAUGGCCUUUGUCAUUAUAGAGGACCUAAAUCCCUUUGUUCUGUUUAACAGGUUAAAAAAAGUGUCAGGAUCACACAUGGCUGCCCUUUCCUAUUUUGAAUCUUUAAAUCUUUUUUUGUUUUUAAGACUUUGCUAUCUUCGUUCACGGUUUAUGGAGGAAAGUAAUUCUCCAAAUUCACUUAAUGGCCUUCACAUGAGUUCCUUAACCCCUUAAGGACCAAACUUCUGGAAUAAAAAAGGAAUCAUGACAUGUCACACAUGUCAUGUGUCCUUAAGGGGUUAAAAGGACACUAUAGUCACCUGGACAACUACAGCUUAUUGUAUUUGCUCUGGUGAGUUAUAAUCAUUCCCUUCAAGCUUUUUGCAGUAAUCACUGUGUUUACAACAUAGGGAUAUAUGAGGAGAUGCUGAUUGGCCAGAGCUGUGUUUUGGCUUGUGCUGGCUCUGCCCCUGAUCUUCCAACUUGACAGUCUCACCGAAUCCAAUGCUUUCCUAUGUGAAAACAUUGUGAUUGGCUCAGAGAAUCACUUCUGAUGAUGUCAGCCAAGCAGACAGAUCAUGGGCAUAGCCAGCAGCAGACUGGAAUAAUUGCAAUCUUUAUUGUUUUGGUUGGUUAUAACAUAUAAAGAAAUAUGGGACGGUCGGUACAAAGCAUAAUUACUAGUACAAUAGUAAAUAAUAGGAUCCAAAUUUAGCAUAAUAUAUCAUUUAUAUGCGUCUUUCCUCCUACUCAGACUCCACAUGCUUCACAAUUUUAUGUCACAGUAGAUGUUCAUGUUGCAGUGAAGAGGUCCUUUGAUGGGCAACAUUCAAAAAUGUGAAAAUAGAGGAGCCAAGUCUUCAGUCUAUUUUUAAAUAUUCCCCAUAAUAGAUCUACUUUGACAGGUGGAGGAGAGAUCAAGUUUCGUGAACUAGGAGCUGCAUGGCAAAUGAGCAAAGAGCACAAAAUGUUGUCAGAGUGACUUGUUCUCCCUUAAAUUUAAUUAAUUUACAAAUGAGGGACUUAGUCAGCAAGCCAACUUUGUAAUCAUAUUGCCAUUCACCUGGUUCAUAGAGAGGGGAUAGAUGUCAUGUCAGAGACUGCCUCAUUAGUGUGCAAUAAGGUAGGAAUUUGGCUCUCUCUGCAGUCACUCACUCAUUUUUGGAAGGCCUGCAUAUAGUGCAUUGCAGGAGUCAAUUAACAUUGGGAGAUGUGCUAGACGAGUCAGGCACUUAAUUCUGGCUGUUUUACUGAAGUGGGAGGAGGAAGAUUAGAGCAUAGCUGACAUUUGAUGUUUGAGAGCGCAUUUAAUCUCCCAAUAAUGUAAUUGUAAUAGUAGUAUUUCAAGCUUCCUUGUUGCAGUAUUGUUAUACUGUGUUCUUCCAUAUUUAAUGUAUCUGUGUUCUUGAGUCUGUUGCUACCUGUCCAUCUUAACAGAUCAGCUGGACAGUUAUCAAGGCUACUUGUAAUUGGUGUAAACAAAGAGAAAAGUGAGAUACCAGUCAAUUAAUAUGAUAGUCAAUUCUUCCUUUGUCCACUUACUGAAAUUAAAAAGAUGGAUUGGUACAGUUUUAAAUUAAGAUGGUAUGGAUUAAAUUAAAAUGGUUAAAGGAACAGCGUGCGCGCACACACACAAACAAAAAUACAAUUUUAAGUGUUACAGGGCUACUUAAAAUCACAUAUCUUUACAAACAAAUAGGAGGAUUCAGUUACACUAUAGGUCAUGUUGUGUUAAAUCCUCCACUACUUCACUGUACCGCAAUAUUUGUGUGUCCUACACUAAUUUUAACAUGUCCGUUACAUGCUAAAUCAGAAAAGAAUCAUUCAGUCUACUUCAAUAUCCAGAAAGAAUGAGCAAGUAUUAUUGAGAGAUGAAUCAUUUCAUUUUUUACACACCAGCAUAUAAGACACACCAAUUCAUUUAUUACUUAUCCAGAGCGGCAUUAUGUGGGUAUGGAGUACUUUCAUGUUCAACUCAUAGAACCACAAGUAUCUCUAGAAACCUACUUCUUUUACUAUAACAACAACCAUCAUUUCCUUAUGUAUCUUUUGUGACAAUCCACUGCUAGAAUGGCCAGCCUUAAUGCCUUCUUUUUCACUAGUGUCACUAAUAUCGAAGUGUCUUUUUAUUUGUUACAUGUGAGUUUCAGAUUUAUUCAUGUUUAUCUAUUUGAGUUUAAGCAGCAUACCAAGCAAUCACGACCGGUCCACCUCCCACUAACCCUGCCGUUGUUACCUCUUCUGUUCUCAUGAUGCAUCAAAAUCAAACAUUUUGUAUUUUUCUCACGUACUUGUCCAACUCUUUUGGCAGCUAGUUUUUAAUAUAUGAGCAAACAGCAAUUUAGUACCCGGAAAAACAACCAUGUGUUGUGUAUUUAUAUAUAAAGUUAUACAUAAUAUAGACCUUCCAAUGUGCAUAGGAAAAAUAUCUGCCAGGAUUCAUGUCUAUUUCUCUCCUGCAUGACUUUUUCUUUUGUAUAGAUAUUGCAUUCCAUUAUUUUCACGUUUAUGUUCAUGUUCUAUUUUUUAUGUUCUAUCUCAGUUGCUUGUCCUCAAUCUGUAUCUUUCUUUGUCCUAUAUGUAUAUGUAUAUAUGUGUGUGUAUGUAUGUAUGUGUGUGUGUAUGUAUAUGUAUGUAUAUGUGUGUAUAUAUAUAUAUAUAUAUAUAUAUAUAUAUCUAUAUAUAUAUAUAUAUCUAUAUAUCUAUAUAUCUAUAUAUAUAUAUCUAUAUCUAUAUCUCUAUCUCUAUCUCUAUCUCUAUCUAUAUAUAUCUAUCUCUUUCUCUCUCAUGGUACCUUUCUCUUCCUCAGUGUUUUGAUCUGGAGUCUUACCUGCAACUGAAUUGUGAGCGAGGAACUUGGAGAUGCCCUGUGUGCAAGUAAGUUAUGGGUUCAAGUUCCCUCUUUAAUCUUUUCCAUACCAUAAAGACCGUACCAUACUGUCACCGAGUAUUUAACAAUAAAGUGGUAAAACCCACUAAGAAGACGGAAUACUUUGCUCCAGGCCAAGACCAUGUAUAUUAGAAAGGAGUAAAGUAUCAAUUAAAUAAAUUUUAUUUUAUGUGUAUUUUUAUAAUAGCACUGCCUAUUGCCACUUUAUAAAUGGUAAAUACAACUUUUGUUUUUACAAACAUCUUAAGGUUCAAUGUAUAAGUCUGUCGUAACAAUCUGUUUUACAGUCCUGUUUUUCAACAGAAUGCUCCAGUAAUUUACUGACUGUGGCUUGUAAAAGAGCUGCCUCUGCUAAAUAAACAAGACAUACCAUGCCAACGCACAAUGCCUUUAGGGACUAGAUUAUGAGAGUCAACUAAGUAUGCCUUCCCUUUUCACACUCCUCUUACCAUCAGAGUUUACGUUGGUCUGCAUCAGUUGUAUUAGCUCAUAUUUUUUUCAUGGCCACAUAUUUUAUUUAGAAAGUUUGUCUGAUUCUUCUAUUAAAAUUUUUUAUUUUUUUUUAUUAAUAGAAUCAUAGAAAGUAAAAUGGUGUCCAAAUUACCAGUGGUAAUUUCUCAGCAGUUGAAUAAUGGAGAGCCACACCACUGCAUUUAGAUAAUGUGAAAGUCCAAAUUACAUGUCUCACCUGGCAAUACUUUGUGGGUUAUGCAUUUUUGUUUCCUACUUAAUGCAGUGUAUGUAUGACCUUUAAAGUUGUAUCUUGGCAUUUAAUAAGUGUUUUUCCUCUGCAGUAAAACUGCCCUAUUGGAAGGCUUAGAGGUGGACCAGUACAUGCUGGGAACCUUGCUCUAUAUCCAGAGGUAAGCACAAAGUGUUGGGGGAGAAUGUGUGAAGAUGGGGGAGAGUUACCCUGAGUGGUGGCGUGUGUGCGCGUGCACACAUGCACGUAAUCAAACUUGUUCAACCACCAUUGACAAUCAGGUUAACUGUCAAAAUGUAUACACUUGCAGCUGUUUAUAAUGAGUAAGUCAAACAAAAGUAAUUGAAAUAACACGAAUGUGUCAAGUGGUUUCCUUGGAUUAAACUGAAAAUGCAACUAAUUUAUAUCUCAAAAUUAUAAUUCAAGAAUUCCUCACAACAGUUCAAAUAUACAAAAUAAGUGAUGUCUCAAGCACUCUUGAUGCAACUAAUCAGGGGCUUCAUUAAUUUCACCAGGUGUGCUUUACCUGGAACACUUGAACUGGCUAGGUGUUUGAGUGUCACGUUUGACUGCAUGUUGGAAAUAUGGCUGUCAAAAGGAUGAUCCACAAAAUUAAGAGAAGAGACCUUCGCCCAUCACAAACAAGGAACAGGAUACAGAAAGAUAUCAAAGGCACUGAAUGUUCCUGGAAAAACUGUUGGAAGCAUUGUACGCAAGCUCAAAAUUGAAGGAACAGUGGUUACACUACCUGGACGGGGAAGAAAAGGCAAGCUAUCAAUGGCUGUAACCAGAAUUCUGAGAAAAAUUGAGUGACUGCAAAAGAACUGCAGCAAGACUUGUUGGCAACAGACACUGAGGUUUCUGUGAUCACAGUAAGGAGCGUACUAAAUGCAGAAAGUUUCCAUGACAGAACUCCAACAUGUACACCACUACUGACCCAAAAGCACAACAGUUGGCUCCAAUAUGCUCAAAAUCAUAUAACUAAGCCACAGAAGUUUGGGUUUUUUGUUCUGUGGAGCAAUGAAACAAAACUGGAACUUUUUGGCCCAAUUGAUCAGCGUUCUGUCUGGAGGAAGACUAAUGAAGCAUACACUGAAAAGAACGCUCUGCCUACAGUUAAGCAUGGUGGUGUCUUGGUAAUGCUCUGGGGCUGCUUUGCAUCUUCUGGCACUGGAAACCUGCAGCAUGUGGCAAGAUGGAUUCAUCAAAGUAUCAGGAAAUCCUAGAAGAAAACUUCAUGCCUUUUUUGAGGAAGCUGAAGCUUGGGCGUCAUUGGACCUUCCAACAAGACAAUGAUCCCAAGUGUACCUCAAAUUCCACCAUGGUUAGGUUGCAGAAGUAGUCCUGGAAAAUUUUGCUGUGGCCAUUAACCACCUGACUUGAACCCCAUAGAAAAUCUCUGGUGGGAUUUCAGGAAGGUGGUUGCAGCACAUAAAUCCAAGAAUAUCACUGAACUCUAGGCCAUUGGUCAUGAGUAAUCGGCUAAGAUAGCUGCCAGAAGCUGGUGUCUGGAUAUGCAUCUCAUUUGCAGCAGCUCAUAACUGCAACAUGGUGCUCUACUAAGUACUAUUUAAAUUGCUUUUGUUUGAUUUGUUCAUUGCAAACAGCUAAAAGUCUGUAAAUGUUGACAAUAAACCUGAUUUUCAAUGGGGGUUGAAUAAUUUUGAUUACAAGUGUGUGUACAUAUAUAUAUAUGUAUAUAUUAUUAUUUAUAUAGCGCCAACAAAUUCCGUAGCACUGUACGAUAUAUAUGUAUAAUUUUGAUCAGCAGGACCUGCUCACUAGUUUAAAUUGGGCCCCAGCUAAUAUAUUUACCAGUGUCCAGUCAAAUAAAUUGUUUAUGAUCAUUGCAUGCAUUCUCCAUGUGGUGUUAAACAGAGGUUAUUAUCAUACUCUUUUAAAACCCGCUGUUAAUUUUCUUUUAUUGAUUCAUUACUUGAUUUAUUGUACUUUGUUUAUCAGCUCUGACUAUGAAGAGAUCACAAUUGAUCCGACGUGCAGCUGGAAGCCAGUACCAAUCAAACCAGAUACUCAUAUAAAGGAAGAGUCUGAUGGGCCUGUUCUGAAGCGAUGCCGGAGUCUCAGCCCAACUCACAUGGUAAUGCCAAAUGUCAUGGAGAUGAUAGCGGCACUUGGACCAAGUUCCUCCCCCUUCAACAAUAUUCAAUCAGCUGGAAGCGUGGGUGCCGACUACAACAGCCCCGGUUGGUAACGAAUACAAACACUGUAAACAUUGCAAUAGCAUUAUAAGUACAAUGGUUGAUAAAAUACCUGUUCAAACUGACAGAUGAAUUUAUUGAAUUUAUUUAGUAAUGCUUUUUAAGUUUAAUUUGCAUUCUCCUGCUUCUCAUUAGUGUUUAUUUUGUCCCAUUUUUGUCUCUUUAUCUUAUUUUUGUCUUUUCAUCCUCUGCCUAGGAUCCAGUUUUCAGAAUCCUGGAGGUUACCCUGAGAGUGGAUUCCCUUCUUCAAACCCAGGCACCCCUACAAUGAGUGAUUUCACCCCCAAUGCCCCCCCUUCCAUCCCCUAUCAAUCUGACAUUCCUAACUCCUUGCUCGGCCCUGAAAAGCCAGGAGGACCCUCAAUGGCUGGGCAGGUGAGUAACACUGCCAAAAACAGGGUAGAAUAUAAUCUAACACAGGGAAUGUGUUCUGUACUUCUUCCUAUCAAGUCCAACUGGUUACAAGAAAUUAGAGGAAUACAGCAAAGAUUUGGCAAGUGUAUUAACCACGCACAUAACAUACCACACGUACAGCCUUUUGAUGGAAAAGCUAGCAUGUGUGAAUUGUUGUACACAUGUCAAGUAAAGUUACCACAAUAGCCAUAAUGAUCUGUCUCCCAGUUACCACCAUACAUGUCUAUAUUCAUGGCUCCUAAUCUCCUUCUGCAAGAGUACAUUAUACUUCCACUAAGUCACUUUUUGAAUAGAAUAGAUAUAAUCAUAUAUUUUUUAUUAAUUGUUUAAUGCAGUUAGUCAAACUGCCCAAAUAAGAAUUAAGUUGAGCUUUCAUAUACACCAGCCACCUAGUUAUCAGAGAAUGAGAUAUGGUUAUGUUGGCUGUAUAGUAAACUUUUGAAGGUAUCCUGCAUGGUAGUAGCUAUUUUAAAAGGACUAUAAUAAGCAGAUAUGAUGGAUUCCAAAAUUCUGUUUAGGAUGCUCAAUCUGUAUGUCAAGCUGAUGAUCGUAUACAUAGGCCAAAACAGUGAGCAAUGUUAAGAGCCUGUGCUUCUGCUGAAUCUCAACACAUGCCCCUAAAAUCUAGUAGUGUUAAAAAACAAACAAAAACAAAAAAAACAUAAUUCCCCUACUUUUGUCUUUGCUCAUUUUGAUUUCUUGGCAUUUUAAGGAGUAUCCUUUUCUUCUUUACUUCUCUAUAGGUCCCCUCCUCUGGAAGGAUAGACCCUUCCCACAAUCCCAAUCAGUCACUUCACUCCUCCAACCUCAGCAGCCAGUCACCACAACAGCUUCACCAUCGGAAUCCUCCACGGCAACAAAUGGCACAGCCUGGCAGUGAUAUGGCUUUUAACCCAAUGCAAGGUGCUGGCGAUGUGACAGAGCCAACCCUGGAUGUAAGCACUCUCCAGUUGUCUUUUUCUCUCACUAGGACCAACUCUUCUCCUUCUUUCUAGGUUUCAUUUUUUACCAAAACCAUUAGUUUGCCUUUCUUUGUACUGUAAUUCUUUGCAUGUUUCAUUGGUUAUCCACCUUCUUGUUCAUUUUGCAUUAUUUAUUUAAUUUGUUUCUCUUCCUCAUUUUAUUGUUUCUCUUCCUCAUUAAUGCUCCUAAUGUAGUUCUUAUUCUUUGUUUGUUUGUUUGUUUGUUUGUUUUUACCCUCCUCUGUUUUAGCUUCUCCCAGAACUGACAAAUCCUGAGGAGCUUCUCUCAUACCUUGGGCCCCCUGACCUUCCAAGCAGUGGCAAUGAUGAUCUGCUGUCCCUCUUUGAAAAUAACUAAGGCAUCUUCCACUUCAGAGCACAACUGGUCCACCAACCAUCUUUUUUGUGCUCAACCUUCCAGAAACUUGCACGAGAAGCAACAUCAGAGGCAUUGUGGAGCACAAAAGACCUGCAUAUAAUUGCAUCAGGACAUGGCUUGAUGGACUGCACAGCUUGCCCUGCUAAAUAUAUAUAAAGGGACUUGCAGAUCAUUGCACUAUUUAACCUUACCUGUUGCAAAAAUCCUGCAGGGAUGCUCUGUAGGGCCUGAUGGACCUUUAUUCAAUGCACUGUCCUAUUUACUUAUUCUUUCAAAGAAGUAAUCUCACAGAGUCUCACUAGACUGUUCAAGAGAUGGGCCCUGUAGAGUGUUGCUUCAUUAACCAUUUAGUUGCUAAGGAAACCAGCUGUUUCUCACAAUCAUGUCACCAAUGUGUGGCAGGGAUGUGCUGUGCAGUGUUCUGCAGGCCUCUGAGAUUGUUGACCCUUUGCUAUAAUCAUACUCUACCAACAAUCAGCCUGUGAACUGAGAGGAGGCUGGGUUUGUAGCAUUGAUUUUAUGAUCCUGGAACUCCAGCCAGGAAAUGUUAAGAGCACAAGGCAGGUGUGUGUAUGUGCAUACAGACACUUUGUAAUUUAGUCCAAUCCAGUUUAUGUGAGUGCGUGCAGGUAUGUGGAUGAAUGUCAUUAUGUGAGAUUGUAAUAAACUGUGUGUUUGUAUCACUUUUGUCUCUCGUUCCAUUGUUGAGAGAGGAAAACUGGGACCAUAAAUCACCACAAGACACCAACCUUCAAUGUCAGCCCUCUCUUAACCUUUAAUUACCAUACAUCUUGCCACAGUUUGGACAAACAUUGUAGAAGAUAGAGAGGAACCUCCUGCUGAGCAGUUACACGCCCAGUUUUUUAAUCACACAGAUUUUGAAAAGUGAGGUUUCCUUUUAAUGCCACAUACUAAACAUGCAAUAAUACCAAGGUCUUUUAGAAGUCCAACAUUAGUAUACCAAGGACUGUGAGUUAAAUUUCACUUUGUGUGUGUGUCUCUGUGUAAUGAUGUAUGGAUGUGUGUUGUAGGCCUGUUGAUACAGACUUGUUUUGUUUUUAAUUUAUUUUUUAUUUUACUUCUGGAUAUUUACCUAAUUUUGGGAAAACUUUUUUUUUUCCCCUCAUAGUUGUCCACCAUAAAUGAAACAUGGAUUGCAAUUUUAAGAGGGACCAGUGAUACAAACUAUUUCCGUCUCCGCGUCCACCAAUCACUACAUUGACUUUUUGAGAGUAUAUCUGCAUUACAAAAAAAAAAAAUUUAAAUUGCCCCCAUCUCUCCCAAGUAACCUGUUAACCCUUUGAAAAUGUUGGUAAAUGGGUUAUCAAGGUAUAGUUGGUUCAAUGUUGGGUUUGUAUAUAAAUAUCUAGAGGUUGUGCUCUGUGCUGGAAAAUGUGCAUUUUACAGAAAUUAAAAAAAAAAAAAAAAAGGUUUGGGGUUUUAUUCUGAUUUUUGUAUUGCCUUCUGGAAAUUGGAUCAACUGAAGAUUUUGAAAACUAAGCUAUUUUUAAUGGACAACGGGCAUCUUAUGUCAAACAUUAAACAUACAAUCAUUCUGUUCCAAAUCUUAAUUACCCUGUAACUUUAAAGAAACCUUUCAUAGGUUUUUUUUUUUUUUUUUUUUAAACAAUUUAAGAGCUAUACCUCCAAAGAAAAGAUGCAUGUUUGUUUUCUCUGCAGGUUUUCUUUGGGGCUAUGUGAAAACACAGCUUACAAAUGCUGCAGAACUGCUGCCUGCAGCCUUUGCAAUCCCUCCCCUCUUUCCCUGGCACAGACUUGAUCUGGAAAUACAUCAAACAGAGGCUUCUCAUAGAUGGAGCCAUGUGAGCACUAUCAUGCGAUCGCAGCUUUCCUGUGGUGACAGCCAGGGAAGUGUUCCUGCCCCUUAUUAUAAAAGUGCUGAUUUCUAUUAAUCUCCACUUUAGUUAAACGGUCACAAAUAUAACAGAUUUCAGACACACACAAAGCUUUUUCAGCAAGUAUAGUGUUCCUUUAAAAUGUACAUGUCAUCCCGAAAUAUCAGGAGCAUAAAACUUGGUCUCUGCAUUGAGAAAUCCAAAUUCACUAAAAAUGAACAGGUGUUUUGCUUUGUGACUGUGCAAGUAUGUCUUAGCCUAUGGAAAGGAGCCAACAAUGUUCCUUUUUGAAAGACUGACCAGAUUUGUAUCAGCUGUGCCCUACUUAGAGUUAAUUUGCGAAAGACUGUGGCCUCCAAGAUGGAAGAAUUAUUUAAAGAUUUUUGUUUUUUUUCCCCCUCAUGCCAGGCUUCUUGGUAUAGUGAAAUAUGGAUCAUGAAAUGCUUUCUGGAAAUGCCAGUGAUAUUUUAAUUCCUUGUAAUUCCAUAUACGGUCAGGAAAGAGAGAGGAGUUAUUUCUAAUUGUUUAUACAGCUCUCUGUGUGAUAAAGUACAAUACAGUGUGAUCCAAACUCUCAGUGUACAGUGUAAUCCCAUAAAUGUAGCUUCUGUUUCCAAGACUGAUAAACUGGUUUUUCAAUAAAAUAUGAAGUGUCAGGAACUCAAAGUGAAUUUUAUUCGCCAAACUAAAGCAUUAAAAAAAAAUACUGAGAAUGAGCAAAAACUUUAAUAAAUCCACACUCUGGUACCCUAGUAGUGUUUGCUUGUAUUUGCCAUAACUGGUAGAAUCUGUAUUAAACAUAGUCAAUAUGAGUCAAAUCCCACACAAAAGGACAAUUUGAUCUAAAAUGCCAGCUAGCUAUUUCUGCAUUAGAGAUAAUUAAACCCCAGACUAACCUUUCGUCAGGUGUCAUGAGCAAGAUGUAAGGGAUACUCCUCUAGGCACAGUGAACAAGUAGUCUACAUCUGUGCAUCUGGAUUACCAUUGUUAUUUAAGGAGACUGUAAGCAAAUGCAUUCAAGCAAAAAAAUAAUAAAAUAUAAAGAUCUUAGAACAUUUUAGUGAAUGACUUUGAAAGUAUAUCUAAAGGAACACUAAGAACCACAACAACUUUAGCUUACUGAACCAGUUUUGGUGUAUAGAGCAUGUCCUUGCUAUCUUAACUGCUCAAUUCCCUGCCAUUUUGGAAAUAAAUAUUUUUUUUUCCUGUCUAUGCAGUCCUAGGCACACAUCCCCUGGCAGUGACUCACACAGCCGACAUGGCUCUUCAAUCAAAU